UGUAUUGUUUUUUGGUAUUUAAAAAGAUGUAAAUACAGAUGGAAUUUAAUAAAUACAUCGAAGUAUGCUUCAUUCAUAUAUGAGUUAAAUCUAGUUGUUGCCACAACAGACUAAAUUUUAAUUUAUUAGGCCAAUGUUGAAUCAGAACCAUUCAGAAUGUGAAUGAGUCUAAGUCUAACUACUUACUCUACUACUACUGACUGAACUAGUACUACUACUCAAUAUACUAUAGGCACUAUAGGCUAUAUGCCUACUUAUUAUUAUUAGAAAUUCUUAUUAGUAAGUUAUAAGACUUUUAUUAUUAUUUAUUUAUUAUAUAAAUAUCAUCAUAAUAUGAUACAUUUUAAAUCUGUAUAAUACUAAUAAUACAGAUGUAUAUAUUUAAUGUAUCCUACCUAAAAAUGAAUAAGUAUAGUAUAAGAAUGGGCAGAAGUCUCUGACAAAAACAAAGCUCAGAAAAAUAGAAAAGAAGUGGGCCAGUGGGUGGAAGUAUACUUUAAAGACCAAACAGAAAUAAAAACCAUUGCAGUGUGCAGCUAAUGUCUGAUGUCACUGAUCUAAAAUUGUGAAUUUGGAGUCAAUGUACCAAAUCUUGUAAUUAAUUUAUUUUCAAUAUAAACUCUAUCAAUGUAUCACUUGCAUACAAUAUACUAUUAACCGCAAGGUCUGAUUGCGAUAUUCUCUUAUGAUUAACGCUAUUGAAAUGUUUAAAAACUAGUCCAUGACAAAAGGCUUGUUUCUUAAUGUACCAUGUGGCCUGUGGUUUGACUUUGCCCACCCUUGCUCUAAUGCACAAGCUGUAAGCAAUCACCCAGUCCCUUCCACCAAGUCAAUGUAGAACUCCUAACCCCCAAAGCACAUGUAUUUCUUUUAAGAAAAACUGAUGUAUUUAAAUUCAUUUAAUCCAAUUAUAAGCUACUUUAUUUUAAAAAUGCCUGGUUUUCAGUUAUUUCACUAUUUGAUGGAAUAUCAAGUUUGUUUUUUAACUUUCUGCAAGAUUUGACAACAACAUGAGGACAAAUUUUUCUUUGGGAAUCUUCGCAUGCAUAUGCUGUAGUUUAACAUGUGGGUGAGUACUAUAAUGUAAUUCUUUAUGGUUUCAUCAUUACAUUGGUACCCAGAAUCUCCAAGUAAAUUUUUGUAGGCAACAACAUAUUACUUUACAGUAUCAAGCUCAUAUAAUCUCUAACAAAAUAACUGUUAGACAUAGGGGUGUUGUUUCUAUUUCACUUCAAGAAAUAAUGUGUAGAUAAUGAAAAAUGUGAAACAAUAAGCCUAUUUAUUAUUGCCGUUUCUUCCACUUACCUUACUUUAUGUAAAUUUAUAUGUGGAAUAGGAGAGAAAAUGUAAGGCAUUGAGACUUACUUCUACUUUUCAAAAAUAACUUUUUUGCUUUUGUGGGUUUUUGAUGGAUUUAUCAUUGUGAGUUUCUUCAUUAAUCUGUAGCAUAUAGAGAAAUAAUGAAAUGCUUUAUUUCAAACCACUGAAUUUAACUGACCUGAAUAAGAUGCAUUCCUCUAGUUUUAUUUAAACGCUUUAAUAUUUGUUGGUAAUCAUAAGUUUUGCUUGUGAGCUAUGGGGAGAACUUUGAUAACCUUUGCAACUGUAACAAAAGAAUAUUUUUAUAUCAAUAAACAACAAAAUCUCAAGCAAAUAUAGUCAACCUUAUAAAAUAUCUUGGUAAAUUUACUUCAGGUUAUUCCUUGCGCUUGCUCCAAAAGAAGCUCACCCAGGCUGGCCAUUGAACAUUGCCGUCACAGUUUAUCAGUCUGUCCCUGCUCCGGUCAGCAUGACUGCUACACUUAAAGUUAAGGAAAAGGCCUUGGGAGUAGUUCAAGAGACACUUCAGCCAGGUACAUUGUGAAGAGAAAGGCAAGAGGUUUUGCAUGCUUGCAUUUUGUGAGGCAGGAUUUGAAUAUAAAUAUAUCAUUUAGUUAGUUUCUUCACCUUGAGUCUGAAAUGUAGCCAAUUCAUCCAACAGAAUCUUGCUGCACCCCAGCUAGAAAAGCUUGUUUUAGGUCAUUGCAUUGUAUUCCCUUAAUGUCAUGCAACAUGCUAGUUGACUAGGCUAAAUUAUUGUUAAAAGUGCAGUGGUUAUUUUCAUUCACUGGUCACGAGGGUUACUCAUCUUCUCUGGUACGAGAGUUACGCUCCCUCCCUGGUACAAGAGUUACCUUCCUUCUCUGGUACCAGCGUUACACUCCUUCUCUGUACAAAAGUUAACUUCCUUUUCCGGGGUCAAGGGUUAAAUGCCAUGCCUCUACAAGUGUUAUCUUCCUUCUGGAGUGGUCAUAGAUUAUUGAAACCUUGUGCUUUUUGUCUGCCUCAACACCUGGACUACCCUGAUCUAACUCACAGGGUGGAGCGUUCCUGCGCUGACCAUUACUUCCACAAAAUAGUUUGUAACAGGUCAGGACCAAAGCCCCCCUCAUAACAUUUAUUCCGUGACACUCUGGCACAUGUGUCACAUUCCUGUCCUUGUACAUGUGUCACAUUUUUUUUGUGGCACAUGUGCCACCAUCCUAAUCUGCCACAUAUGUCACACACCUUAUCAAAUUAAGUUCCUGAAUUCUCUUAGAUUUUUUGUAAAAGUUUUUUUGACAAUUUAAAACAAAUUCAAAUCCACUCCACAACACUGAUCAUUUCACCUUGUAUUAGUAUUAAAUGUAAUGACUGCUCUAACCUCCCACUGCUGUUUGAUUACAGGUGAAACCAAGCUGGUGUCAAUUCAGGUAUGUUUACUCAACCUUGUUUGCAUCUCUGUUGUGUAAGAAACAAUUUUCUGUAGUAUGUAAGUUAGUUGUCUAUAUUUAAUUUUCGUUCUAAUAAUGUGGCCUCUCAUCCACCGCAAUGAUUAAGUUUAAGCUUAAUGAAAGUUCCAUCAUGCAAUACUUAUAUUUGAUUACUUUGACAUGAUAUGCGCGUUUUUUUUUCAAAUGUUGAUACCAUAUAUGUUUCUAAUUAUAUUUAAUGAUCUGAGUUUAAGAAACACAAUAAAAAUAAAUUAAGCUUUUUGAAAAGGUGCAUUUAAGGUUGUCGAUCACAAAUAGGGCUUGCUAAAGAAUUUCAAUGGAAAUGUAAAUUGAAGUGAUAAUAUUUUUAACUGAGCUGAACCUUAGUGACUAGUUAGUAUUUAAAACUCCACAAUCGAAGCUAUUGAAUUAACUCUUCCGUUUAAGUACGCUAACAAAGUUGAUUUGUGGAAUACCUUGUACCAAAACUUGAGUCAUCAAUAAUUAUAAUAAUGAAUUGAAAUAAACUAUUCUGUGCAGGUAAUCAUUUCGUCUUAUUGUAAAGCUAAACUUAAUUCAUGGUCCCCAUAUGUUUUAGGUACCUCAUGUGAUCCCAGCACAUGAUGAGGUUGUCUUAUCCAUAGAGGCCAAUGGGGGUGUCACCUACCAGUCCUCAGAGUCUAUCAGACUGAGUCGCAACUCCUCUGUGGUACUUGUUGAGACUGAUAAAGCCAUUUAUAGACCUGGACAGAAAGGUAAGUACUUUCCUCAAGGUCGCUGUAAAAUUGUUCAAAGUAUCGCCAGAUGAGACGCGUGGUUGUGUAAUUUUAGCCUGGGGGUCUAACACUUAAGUCAUGUUUUAGGAACCACCUUUAAAAAAACAUUUAAUAGCACUUGAACAAGAAUUACUAAUACUCUUUGUAACUUGUCAGUCCAAUGUGUCCAAUGGGUUUGUUUUAGUUUCAGUACCGUCUUAGUACAGGAUUAAACAAGAGUUUUAUUUAGUACAGGUUUAAACAAGAGUAUUUUUAGUACAGGUUUAAACAAGAGUUUGUUCAGUGCAGUCUAGUUUCAGGUUUAAACAAGAGUUAGUUGUGUCCACUUGUCUUAAUUUGAUUUCAGUUCGUAUCCGGGUCAUCAUUGUUGAUAAGGAUCUGAAACCUGUAUUCCUUCCAGUAACUUUGACUGUUGUGGUAAGAUAUCAUUAUUUUUCCAUAAUUGUAUUGUACUAUUUACUAAUCUACUGCUUGAUUUUUGUAUAAAGUUUAGGAGAACAAAAGAUGGGUAUUGAUAAUGCCAUUUGGAUGAAAUAAUUUUACUUUAUUUCAGCAUUACCAAGACAUAUACAUGUCAUUUAGCACCCAACUGCUUUCUUUGUUUCAUUUAGCACCCCCAUGCUUUUUUUUUUCAUUCAGUGCCCCCACUACUUUCUUUUGUCAGUUAGCACCCCAAAUACUUUCUUUUGUCAGUUAGCACCCCAAAUACUUUCUUUUGUCAGUUAGCACCCCAAAUACUUUCUUUUGUCAUUUGUGCCCUAAGUACGUUCUUUUGUCAUUUAGCACCACAAAUUUCUCAUACUAUUUUAACUUCUGAAAUUAUAUUUUGAUUAUGGUUAAAUAGAUUCUUUAUUUAACUUUUUUCUAUUUACCAAUGAUCUCUAAAGAAAAUAUGUAUAACUGCAGUUUAAAUAAAAUAUCUUAGAGAUCGCGUGAGAGAGAGAGAGACGGAGAGGUUUAUUACAUGAACUCAGUUAUGUUAAAAAUAUUUGUUCUGUUUUGAUACAGAAUUCUAAAAACAACAAACUUGAAGAAUUCAAUAACAUCACCUCAAGAAAUGGUAAAAGUUAUAACUUUUUUAUCUGGACUUUUCAAUACUUAAACGGUGCAUUAAUGUUCCACUAAUGUGAAAUGCUAUUUUGAGGGAAUUGGCACUCGCAAAGGUAGCCAUUUCUACGAUCAUAUAAUAAUAUUUAUUAAAAUCAACUCCAAGUUUUAACAUAUUUCUAAAAUAGAUUGCUGAAGCAUCAGUUAGGAAAAAACUAAGAGUGAGUUACAAUUAAAUAAUAAAUGAAUAUAACGAACCAUGGCGUCAAAUCUUUUAUUUUUUUAUUUUUGGAACAUUGGUUGAAAUGGAUUUGUGUCAUAUAACCAGGUAGUGUCUUGUCUUGAGGUCAGCACUCAAAAAUCGUUACAUGGGUAAAAUGAGAAAUUAAUGGAAUUAUUUUAUAUAAGAUGACUAAAAUAUUGUUUUAAACAUUGAAAACAGAUUUUAUGCUCUUAUACUCAGGUGUUAUUGAGCGUAUUUUUGAGUUGUCUGACUAUCCAUCCCUUGGCGUCUGGAAAAUAAAUGUAGCUCAUGAAGAUACCAGGCUGUACACUCAUUUAUUCACAGUCGAGGAAUUCGGUAAGGCAAAUAUACUUUAUUCAAGAUUAUAAGUAUUUGAUAAUCAGUAUGAUUUAUUGUCCAAUGUGGAAUGGACUCUGUCUGAAGAAAAAAAUAAUCUCUAAAAGUAUAAAUGUUAGCUUUUAUCAUCCCUGGAGGCAUUGGUUUGGUGCUCCAGUUAUUAGUUGUAGGUAGCAGUCAAAGCCAAACUUGUCUUCCCUGGAGGCAUUGGUUUGUUGCUCCAAUUGUUAGUGGCAGAUAGCAGUCAAAGUCAAGUUUGUCUUCCUUAAGGAUCUUUACCAGUUUCUGCUUUAAAAAAACCCAUUUAAAACCAAAAUAAACUUAGCAAUUUUAUCAUUAUUAGUGGUCUUAUAUAGCGUGGUACCACAGCCAAGGGCUGGGCUCACUGUGCUGUGUAUAAAAAUAUUAGGAAACACAAUCAUGACGUUAAAAAAUAACAUACUUUUCUUUAAUUAAAAAGCAGCAAUAUAACAACAAAACAAAAACAAAUGUAUGUUUACACCACCCACCCCGGAACUUUUAAAUAUAUCUCUGUUUCUACUUCAGUGCUGCCAAGGUUUUCUGUUGAGGUCAUUGCCAAGCCAAACUUCAUAGUGACCACUGACAAAAACAGCAGGCCAACUAUAACUGUUAGUGCCAAGUAAGUUAUGCCAUAGGGUGUUUUUGUUUUCUUGUUAAAUUUAAAAAAUAAUUAAUUCUCAGUGAGUGAACUGCAGAGAUCUAAAGAUAUUAGUGUAACUAAAAGUUGUUGCAAAGACUUCAGCGCUACUACUGACCCUCCACCCCACAGCUUGCUGAGAACUGAAUUGAAUAUUCCCCUUGUGCGCAAGCAACUUUAAUAAUACUCUAUUGAAUGCCCUCUGUGCACUGCAACGCACCUGGUUUACUGAUGAUGUUUAAAUUCAAGUCUGUUUUGUUUGGCAACAAAAGUAGCAUGUUUGCUGGCACAUUCUGGCCACCUCCGGUCCAGGAAGUUCUCAAAUAAAAAAAAGCAUCUGUUCCUUCAUAUUCCCCCCCCUUUCUUCAAAGACACAGCGGUUGGGCCCGGCUUUGGGAAAAAACUGUUUCCUAGAAGUUUUUACUGCAACUAUUGUCAUUUCCUGGAAGACAGUGAUGUGGAUAAAGUCCACAGCCCAGGGUCUGCAUGGCACCUUAAAGUUAAUCUUACUGAAUUACACACUGUUAAGAUUCAAGUCAGACUUAUUCUACUGAAUUGUCACACAGUUCAGAUUACAGUCAGGCUUACUCUACUGCAUCAAGUUUCAGUCCACUAAAUCCAGCACUUGCUUUCCUUGUUAUUGGCAUGGUUAUUCUUUAAAACCGAUUUAAAGACACAUCUAUUUCGCAAACACAUUCUGGGAUGAUUGUCUACCUUAUUUUCCAGUUAAUGCAUAAUGGCUGUGUUGCUUAGAGUUGAAAUGGCUAGAAAGACUUUGCCAUUGUAUGCUUGUAAUUAGUUUUUGUAGUGUUGCGUUUGUUUUAAAUGUGGUAAAUUAUAGAUUUGUUUUUGGUUGACUUUGUACCGUGUGUUUUUGAAAUGAUCUUUAUUAUUAUUAUUAUUAUUAUUAUUCUCCAAAAACCAAGCUGUUAGUAAAUUGGAUGAGAUUAACAGCAGAGUAAGUAAUUGUUCUUCUCAAUGAGAAUACAUUUAGGCAGUCUCUUGUAAUACCUUGAGUUGUUUUUUCUCUACCAGAUACACCUAUGGAAAAGGGGUUCAAGGCAAAUGUGCUCUGACCAUAGUUAACAUACCUAACACAGCAGAGGUCUGGUACAAAGAGGUAAACAUUGAUGCCCAGAAGGCUUACCAAAACUAAUCCAUACUCUGGUGGGAUUUGAGCCUAAUGAUCUCAUAAAGAAAGUCAAUUCAAUGGCUUAUUCCAUGAGCAAUGGACCAGUUAAACAACCCCUAAAAACAAAGUUUUUCUUAUAAAUCAUUUAUAAAAUGUAAUUGGGGGGGGGGGGCUGGAAAUUUGUCAAAACAUCUAUACAAGUAUAACGCACUCUAUAAGGAAUCCCAUAUUUAAUAAAUGUAAUUGGGGGGGGGGGCUGGAAAUUUGUCAAAACAUCUAAACAAGUAUAACGCACUCUAUAAGGAACCCCAAUUAGUGCACACCCCUACCCCCCCCUCCCCCCCCCCCCAAAUGCUCACAACCGCUCAUUUUUUUCAAACUUCUGAACUAUAUUAAUAUACUAAUGACUCGCUCACUUUUACACCACAGGUUUAUUUUACCAACUAUUUCAGAAAAAAAAUAUUACUGACCAAACGCACUUGCAAUUUUAAAAAAAAAAAAAAAUCUCUUUUCCGCAGUUAUUGGCAAUUUUAUUUCGUGAAAUCAUCAUCAUAUUUCCUUCCACUUCCCCUUGAAAAAUAGGAAAAACUGAUUUUUGGGGGGUUGGGAAUUGAUUGAAUGUGUUGUCAUCAGCAAUGAGGCUACGUGCCAAGUUUCAGUGCGCCAAUAAGCCGUCCGAAGAUUUCACCAGCCACGAACAAAUACAAAAUUAAUAUAAAGGAUUUAAUAAAAAUGACAUGAUGUGUUCAGAUGAGAUGACUGCCAUUGAAAUGCUCUCUAGUGCUCAUACCUAACUAAAAUGAUCUCAGAGCCUCACUAAUUGAAUAUGUCUUCAUGCCUUCCAUACUUGUGUCAAAGAUUUCAGCAAAGUGUUUCAUAAAUAAGGACUGUGGACAAAUUCAGUAGCACUUUUUAAAAUCAAAAUAAGUGCUUUUUAUAAUCUUGCUUUUAUUGCUGGUCACUGAAGCUGUCGUUAGUAUAAUUUUCUAAUGGAUUUUUGAUGUCUUGCUGCGCUAACGCAGCUGACAGAGUCUGGAACAGCAGAGUUUACCAACAUCAACUGGCAAGUACUUGAGGGUGGUUUCACAGGGGCUGUAACUCUCAGGGCAGAAGUAACGGAUGAGACUGGCAGAAAGGAGGCAGGGGAGACCACUCUGCACCUGCACCAGCAUCCCAUCAAAAUUAAGAUUCUGGAUAAGUCCACCAAGGUUUUGAGGACUGGACUGCCUGCCGACAUCUAUGUAAGAUACGAUCAUUUUUAUUAGAUAUAUGCUAUAGAAAUAUUUUGUGUUCCAAAUAUAGUUAGAGGCCAUUAUUCCCUUUGAAAGGUUUGAACUUUUUUGUCUGUUAGAGGCUUAUAAAAGAGUCUUGAUUGUCUGUUAGAGGCUUAUGAAAGUCUUGUAUAUCUGUUGGAAGCUUAUGAAACAGUCUUAAGGAAACAAAGACGCAUCCUCUAUGUAAUUACUGUAUCUGUAAUUAUGAUGAUCAUCAUAUUUUAAGUAAAUAGAAAAAAUGUGAACUUAGCAUUUCUUAACUAGAUGUCUUGUAUGUAAUAGAAAACAUGUAAACUUAGCAUUUCUUAACUAGAUGUCUUGUAUGUAAUAGAAAAAAUGUAAACUUAGCAUUUCUUAACUAGAUGUCUUGUAUGUAAUAGAAAAAAUGUAAACUUAGCAUUUCUUAACUAGAUGUCUUGUAUGUAAUAGAAAAAAUGUAAACUUAGCAUUUCUUAACUAGAUGUCUUGUAUGUAAGAACUUUGGGAUGUCCGUUUUAAAAAAAUGAGAUAGUUUCCAUAAGCAGAUCUGUUUACCCUCUGAAAAUCAUACAAUGUUGUCACAAAAUCGUACAAUACGUAUCUUAAUAGUAAGUAAAUAAACAUACAACAUAUAUAAUGUGUACAAUAACUACUGGCAUCACGUGUCUAGUGGAAUCGAGUUAAGCUGGCAUCAAAAAGAAAAAGGUAACUGAAGGUAAAAAGUAGAUGACUGACAUUUAUGUUGCUAUCUACAGUCACUUUGUUGUGCAGACGUGUAUCUGCUAUAAAUAUCAUUUAAUUUUUAGGUGAACAUGCAGAUCACAUUAUCUCAAGCUGUCACUGGUAAAAAUAAAGUUGCUAGUGAAAUUUAACAUGGUUCAAACUUGAAAUUAGAUUAAAAGCUGUAAAUGGGUGAAGGUAAGAGGGGAAAUUAAAAAUAAUAUUGCCGUUUUGCACAUUCUAAAAAUAGAUUUCAAAGGCCACCUCCGAUUGUAUAAUAUAUGUCAAAAUCUAAUAUUGUUGUGUACAACAGUUGAGAAUGCAUUUUUUAGUUUUUUCGUCACCAUUAAGCGGCAAGAAACAAUUAUGUCAUACAGAUCCACGUCAAAACAAACGUGAAGAAGGGCCAUCUAAAUAGUACAUGCACAAAAAAAAAAAUCUAAAUUUUCUCCCCCCCCCUCUCCCCCUGUUGCACAUGUACUUUUUUGAAGGGCACUCUGCAUACAUACAAUGAGCUUUCUACCCCCCCCCCUUCUAUUAAAAAAAAAAUAUUCAAUAAUCUUUCUAUAUUUAUGAUGUUACAGUUAACAAAAUGUGACAUGCGUUUUCACCACUGACUGUUUGGACACGUCCAAAAGAUAAGCCACAUACCCUGUAUGCUCGUUGCCCUUGGGCAGGGCCAUGACAAUCGGGCAAAGAGCAACGGGGACGCCAAAAUCAGGGGGGCAAAAAGCAAUGGGCCCCCAAAUCAGGGUGUGCCAAAAUCGCCUUAAGAAAGGAUCUUAAUAAUGAAUUAAAUGAUAAAAUCGUAUUUAUUUCAGAAAGACAAUAAAAAAGGUGGUAAAAAUUGUCGUUUUACUAUUGCGCGCCUUUGGGGAACACAUUUUUCUAUAUGGGUUGAUGCGGCUUCCUUACAAGGGCGUUGUGAAAUAUUAAACAAUUUAUUUUCCACUUUUAAUCCUAUGUGCCAUCUUUCAGUCAUGGUGCAAACAGCAACCCACUACUGUUUGCAGUUAGUAGAUAGUGGUUAGUCAACUACGUGCAUGUUAUAUUUAUUUUUACCUAACCCUUUAUUUUAUUUCAUUGAUGUAUUUCGAAGUGUACUUGUUAGAAUUAAACAGAGAGUCUGCAAAAAACCUGAAUUGGGCUUAGGUGCCAAGACACAAAAAAUUAGAAGCAUUGGUAUAGCCCAACAAAAGAUACGUCACAUGCACGUUGAACAUACGUUGUGCUAAAUAUUACUGUUAUGUUUAUACUACUUAGUCCCAUACUAUUUGAGUAUAUUUAGCGAGUUCAUUUGUGAAAAUACAUGCCAACACUAUGCCCGAUAAUUCCUGAUAUUUUUACAGCAUUUGAAAUAUAAAUAUGCUAAUUUCAGACUUUUAGGAUCAUUAUUGUAGACUUUUUUAAUAGCGUUCAUGUCUUCUACUGAGGGAAAAAACCCUCUUCCCCCACCUCCCCCUUCACCUAUAAUUAUGAGAAGGUGGCUUUGUUAAUUUUAUUGACUUAAAUAUUUAGAAAAAACUACCGCAAUGUAUAUAUUUUCAAGCCAGUCUUUUAAAAUCGUACUUCUGAUGGACUUGGCAUACAAUCAUAAAAGACACCUCAAAUCGUUAAUUGUACACCAAAAUCGUAAGAGUAAACAGGUCUGCUUAAGGCCUUUGAAGCUAAACAAAACUUGAAUUAUCAACAUUUGAUUUAAAAAGUCAAAUGUGUUUUUCCUUGCUUUAAACUUGCGUGAUCAUAAACAAAUUAAAAGUUUAAGCAAUGAUGAGAAUGCUAAUAAGAUCUACAUUUUCUUUAGGGAUGUUUUACCCAGGGCAUUUUUAAGUGAAAUAAUUCCUGUGCUCUACAGGUUCAAGUUUCAGACCACAGCGGAAAUCCAGUGUCUCCUGUAAAUGUCAUUCUGAGCUUGACGUUUGUUUCUUUGAAACCGUUUGAAUGGGCCGGGACCAUACCAGAGGGGGAGACCAUAGUCAGCCACACCUUCAUCCCCACUGCUGAUCAUGACAGUAUGUACAGAUAUUAUCACAGAGGUGGCUACAUGAAGGUAACCCGUCACUGUGUUACAUUUACAUACCAAACACAACAAACGUAAUCAAGCUGGCUUGCACCUUGCACCUUCAUUGUUCAGCCUCACUGUCUUCACCAUUCUGACUGAUCCUUUCUUUGGAGGAGUCUUUGGGAUCUGCAUCAGAGAUUGAACUCAAACCAAACUGUUGUUAAACACUUAAAAUCCACAUGACAUCAAUUGGCGUGUGUAAAGCAGAGCAACUAGAAAAAUUCAUAAAUAAUCUCCUCUUCAACGCACACAUUCUUACAAGUAUGUUUUCUUCAUGAAUGGUUAAAAACAAGAGCUUUCAAAUCAAAAACUGUUUGUUAAUACACUUUAUUUGAUCCACUAUAUUUAGAGUGUAAAUAUCUAACGCAUUUUUAAAUGAUGGAACUUUAAAAUACAUUUUACAGGCAAGCCUAGCAUCUCAACCAGAUGUAACAGACAUAAUGGAUCUACAGUUAUACAUGGCCAGCGCGCAAACAGCUGUCUCUAUCAAGUCACUCAAUGGCAAGGUCAGACAAUGUAUUUACUUUUCUUUCUUCUAAGUCAUAAUUCAUUUGGACAUUGUGAGAUCAACUGUGUGACCAAGUGCCCAGUUCAGAGACAGAUUUUGAUCUUUAAAUCACUUACUGUUUUACAUUUUCAAUUGCCUCCAGCUUAAAGCUUUAUUUUCGUUUCACAUCCCAUUUUCAACGUUAUUUUCCUUACCAGCCUAAUCUUAGCCACAGGGUUAAAAGCUCUUUAAAAGUAAUAAGAGUUUCAUGCUAUAAGCCAGUUUAUUUUUUGUAGACAUUUUUUUCCCCCCACAUUAAAUUAAUGUCAUUUUUGUUUGUUCUUGAUUUGAGCCCAUCAGCUAUAAAUUAGCUGAUAGAGGACCGAGACAGUUUUUCUGAUAGAGGACUGAGACGGUUUCUCUGAUGGAGGACUGAGACAGUUUCUCUGGUAGAGGACUGAGACAGUUUUUCUGAUAAAGGACUGAGACAGUUUCUCUGAUAGAGGACUGAGACAGUUUUUCUGAUAAAGGACUGAGACAGUUUCUCUGAUGGAGGACUGAAACAGUUUCUCUGAUAGAGGACUGAGACAGUUUUUCUGAUAAAGGACUGAGACAGUUUCUCUGAUAGAGGACUGAGACAGUUUUUCUGAUAAAGGACUGAGACAGUUUCUCUGAUAGAGGACUGAGACGGUUUCUCUGAUGGAGGACUGAGACAGUUUCUCUGAUGGAGGACUGAAACAGUUUCUCUGAUAGAGGACAGAGACAGUUUUUCUGAUGGAGGACUGAGACAGUUUCUCUGAUAGAGGACUAACACGGUUUUUCUGAUGGAGGACUGAGACAGUUUCUAUGAUAAAGGGCGCACAACAAUUUUUCUGAUAGAGGAUGCACUAAAAUUUCUCGGAUAGAGGACUUAGAAAUGGAGAAUUUUAUAACAAUGUCUAGACCUAUCAUUUCUUUGCACUCACAGAACCUCAUGGUAGGUGUGGAAGCUCUGUUCAGUGUGAAUAAGACACUUCCAGAAAAUUCAAACUCGACACUGGCCUACGUUGUAAGUUGACUUGUUGUAGAAUGUCAUGGGGUGAGGCAGAUCAUAUUACACUCAAUGAAUCCAAUCUGAGAAAAGUUUUGUUUUCUGUAUGAAUUUUUUUUUUUUUAUUUUUUUUUUUUCUUUAAUGUUUCCAGGAAAUAGAAUUUUAAAAGUCUUUUUUUUUUUUAAAACGAGUAGCAGAAUACUUAAAAAAUUAUUUUUUCAAUGAAUCCAAUCUGAGAAAAGUUUUGUUUUCUGUAUGAAUUUUUUUUUUUUUAUUUUUUUUUUUCAUUAAUGUUGCCAGGAAAUAGAAUUUUAAAAGUCUUUUUUUUUUGUAAAACGAGUAGCAGAAUACUUAAAAAAUUAUUUUUUCAUAAAUGAAAAAUUAUUGUGUCUUUGCAUCAAAUUAAAUUUGUAUUUAAAAGUGAAAAAUUAAGAUUAAAAAUAUGUAUUGUAUAGAAAGGGGAGUGGGGGUGGGGAAUGGUUUUGCAAAAAAUGAUCCAAAACAUUUUUAUACAGACUUUGUCAGCCCUCUCUUAUCAUUUAAAAAAAAAAUUAAUGUACCAGAGCGCAAUAUUGAAUCUGCAUGCAUCUUAAUAUAUUCUGUAGAAACUGUAGACCAAAAAUGUGACAGUCUGAUCCAGGUAUUUUAAAAUUGCUAAAAAUCUUCUUGUUGAGUUUGUUCUCCUGUUAUGUCUUUUGCAGACUUAAAAAAAAGAAAUAUCUUAAUUGUAAAGUGUUACUGCAUUCCAAUUUCCUGGCUCUAGUGGUUACGUGAUCAUGAAAUUUUCAUUUGUUGUAGGUUGUGAGCAACGGCAACAUUAUACAAGCAGGACCAGUGAGGGACAGCAUCAUUCGGCUCACACCCACACUGGAGUUCUGUCCAUCGGGCAAACUGAUGGUCUACAUGAUUAUAGACAACAAAGACAGAAGCCAACUUGGAACUGAAGGGGAAGUGGUGGUGGAUGCACUUGAUCUCAUGGUGUCAAGAUGCUUCAGCAAAGAGGUCAUUGAUGUGUAACAAAUUUUGUUGCAACUUGUUAGCUCAUUUAAUUUUUAUGCCUUACUGAUUUUUUUUUUUAUGUGAAUACUCUGUUAUAUAAGGCUGUGUAGUUCUUUUGACCAUUUUUCAUUCAUCAAUGUUUUAAAAUUAUUCAGAAUAUUUAUUGAUAUGGCUUUUUCCCCACUUUUACCUUUUACAGAGUUUGACUCACAACCAGCAAAAAUAUUGCACAAAGAAUCUCUAGGAUGAUCUCUGGGAUGGGAAUUCAUUAAAAAAUAGAAAACUGCCUGUAGUUGAAGUUCUUGUAGCCUCCCACUUAUUUUUUACUAAAGGAGUCACCCCUGAUUCCAGUUUGAGUCACACCUGACUCCAGUGGGAGUCACCCCUGAUACCGCUAUGAGACACCCCUGAUUCCACUAUAAGUCACCCCUGAUUCCACUGUGAGACAUCUCUGAUUCCACUAUGAGUCACCCCUGAUUCCACUAUGAGUCACCCCUGAUUCCACUGGGAGUCACCCCUGAUUCCACUAUGAUUCACCCCUGAUUCCACUAUGAGUCACCCCUGAUUCCACUAUGAGUCACCCCUGAUUCCACUAUGAGUCACCUCUGAUUCCACUAUGAUUCACCCCUGAUUCCACUUUGAGUCACCCCUGAUACGACUAUGAGUCACCCCUGAUUCCACCGGGAGUCACCCCUGAUUCCACUUUGAGUCACCCCUGAUUCCACCAUGAGUCACCCCUGAUUCCACUGUGAGUCACCCCUGAUUCCACUGGGAGUCACCCCUGAUUCCACUAUGAGUCACCCCUGAUUCCACUAUGAGUCACCCCUGAUUCCACUUUGAGUCACCCCUGACUCCAGUAUGAGUCACCCCUGAUUCCACUAUGAGUCACCCCUGAUUCCACUAUGAGUCACCCCUGAUUCCACUAUGAGUCACCCCUGAUUCCACUUUGAGUCACCCCUGAUACGACUAUGAGUCACCCCUGAUUCCACCGGGAGUCACCCUCUGAUUCUACUAUGCGUCACCCCUGAUUCCACUAUGAGUCACCCCUGAUUCCACUGUGAGUCAUCCCUGAUUCCACUGUGAGUCACCCCUGAUUCCACUGUGAGUCACCCCUGAUUCCACUAUGAGUCACCCCUGAUUCCACUAUGAGUCACCCCUGAUUCCACUGGGAGUCACCCCUGAUUCCACUAUGAGUCACCCCUGAUUCCACUAUGAGUCACCCUUGAUUCCACUGUGAGACAUCCCUGAAUCCUCUGCAAGUCACCCCUGAUUGGCUUGUUUAUGCCCUGAUUGCACUGGGAGUCACCCCCUGACUCCACUGGAAGUCACCCCUUGACUCCACUGUCCUGUUCUUAAAUGUUUAAAGUCCAUGGUAAUGAAAAAUUGUUUUUAGGGUUAAACUCGCUAAUAUUUAAAAAAAUCUUUUCCUCCUUGUUUGGGGAUCAGGUGGAAGUGUCAUUUCUUUCUGAUGAGACGCGCAUUGGAACUGAGGUAGACCUGAAUGUGGCCAUCUCACGUACUGACGGCUCAAAUGCCAUGGCUGGUGUGCAUGAUGUGUUCUACCUUGCGGUGGAUAAAAGUAUUGUGCUGCUUCAAGGUAGCACAGAUUUGAAUAAAGACAAGGUAUGAUCGUAUAUGUACAAUUAGCCAAAUGAGAAAUACAUUGGAUUUGUGCUUUAUUCUGAAGUUCAGUGGUCAGUAAUCUUUUUGUGCGAAGGGAUGUAUGGUAAUUGAUUUUUGCUUUGGCAGGCUGAAGGAUAAUAUUGUAUAAACUUCUUUAAAGAUUGGUUUUGAAAAUUAUAGAGAAGCUAGACCUGUUUACUCUUACCAUUUUGGCGUACAAUAUACAAUUUUUAGAUGUCUUUUAUGAUUGUACGCCGAGACCCGCCAAAACUACGAUUUUCAGAGACCCGGUUAAAAAAUAUUUGUGUAAUUUUGUCUGAUUUAAAAAAAAGUUACAUAAAGUUUCUUGUGUUCAAGCUUUAACCCUUAUAAAGAUCUGGCGGUGAAUGGACAGAGAAUAGCAAUUGGCUUUUGUAUAUUUUUAAAGAAGGGACCAUCCUUCAUUAUAUUAUGGCAUUUAUGGACACACUGAAAGGGGAGGUGGGGUUGUUGAUUAAAGAGAUUGGUGGCAUACGAGAAACACGGGUUAGGGGGAUAGGUGGGAGUGUCAAAAGAUAUAACAAAUAUAACCGCAACGCAUCCUAUUGAUGGUGGUGAUUGUCAUAGUGUUGCUUUGUGUGUCAUAGUGAACUAGAUAGCUGCGUCAACAACAAUCUUCAGACUAGUCGCCUGGCAGCAACUUCACUCACCACCCCCUUGGACUGCUACUGUUACCAAGCAUGUGUUCGGCACAACCACAGCUGUUGUGAAAAGAGAGAAAACUAGAGAUUAAGAUGUAGUCAACGGCAUUAAAAAAAAUAUUUUAGAACUUGCAAAGCAGCUCUAUCCCCUCAAAUUUUAAUACAACAGUUUAGUAUUACUACUACUACUACCAAACCCCCCGCCCCCCACACACACACUUUUUUUUUACAGCUUGUGGUAGUUAAUAGUCUAUUAUACUAUGGCAGUGGUCGGCAAAACGGGGUUCGCAUGCGGCUCGACCUGAGUGCGGCUCGGCCGAAAUCGGUUUUUACUCCGAAAAACAUAGUUCUUGUCAGGUUCUUGAAAAUUUGGCUCGCAAAAUUUGUUUAAUGAUCCUGCUGCUGAUUUUUGGCUCUUUUGACUAAUGAGUUUGCUGAACACUGCUCUAUAGUAUGUUAACGUAAAAAGUCAGGCGCAUAUUGGAUAGACGAGGGCAAUAUGUUUUUCCUAUUAAUGAAGGUGGGGAAGGUGGGUUCGUCACCAGCACGGAAAUACGUAUUAGUGGACUACAGUGUGCUGUCACUAUGUCGUGUUAAAUAUGACUACUACAGCGACCUCUUUAUGAAAACACAAAGCAUUAGUAUACGAUAAUGCAAAACAUUGUGGUGAUAUUUGUUUAGCCUUAAUAAUAAUAAUAGACCUAAUUAGAAUUCGUGGCUUUCACAGAUUUUCAGAUGACAGUUGGUUCUAUAAGAGACUGUCAGGAAUCAGGAUAAUUAUUUAGAAUUUAUGCAUACAUGUAGUUGUAUUCUGGUGCUCCCCUCCCCAAAUCAAAAAUCAUAUGCAUCCUCAGCGAGUAAGUAAUAUUUGGAUGGCCCUUUUCGUUGACAAGGUGCGGCUGUGGGAUGGGGUAUGAAUAAUUUCUAACUUUUUCAUUUUUAUUUUAAAUGUUAUAUUUGGAUUGUCCAAACAGCUUUGGCGUUCGAAUUUUGCUGCAUUGACGUAUGAGCACAUUGCAUGAUUUUGAUGUUACCAUUAUUAUUAAAUUGAAUCUGCGAUAAUUUUUAUUUUCGGUUCCGUAGUUUACCUCACUUAGUAUUUUACGAUAUGACCUUGAAAAAAAGAAAGGCUUGCAAAAUCGAUGAUGAAGAAGAAACUUCUCUUUCUACCGAUGCACAUCCGAUUUAACAAAAGAAAAAGAAAGUUUAUCAGCAGAUUGUCUUGCUUCAAUAUCAGACAAACUUUACUGAGUUGAGUUCUUCAUCGAAUGGUUCGUCAUACGUGCAUUGCACAAUCCGCAAGUCUAAAAUAUUCAUCUCAAAACUCUGAAAGUAAAAAAAAAUAGCAUUCUAUUUAUAUCUCAAAUGCUGUAAAAUACCACCCAAUGUUUUGUAGGAAUUAUUGCCGUGAUGUUGUCAAGAUGUAUUUUCACCAAAAAACUCGCUAGCAGUAGUAGAGAAAUUACAAUAAUGUUUAGUCAGGAGUGUUCAGAGCGCGUGUGACGUAUAUUUCAUUGGGCUACGCCAGUGGUUCUUAUAUUUUCGUUUCCCGGCGCCUAUGCCAGAUUAGGUUUUUGCAGGCUCCCAGAGUGAAAAUCUUACAUGUAAACUUCAAAAUAGGGAAUACACAAAUAAAGGGUGGGAUGAAAAUAAAUAUAUUGUUUAUGUAGGUCACAAACAUGGAGGUAUCUAUAGCAGAUGCAGGUCUUCAAAAUGAAGUGACCGCAGUUUGCAGUUGAAGUCAGUCCUAUACUGAUUACAUUCAGUUCCAUUUUUUGACAACCCUGAACUGGAUGCCACUGAACACGCUAUACCGGUAGUUACUGUAUACAUUAUAUAUUAUAUAUACUGUAUAUUUAUUUAUUUACUAUUAAGAUACUGUAUUGUACGAUUUUGAGACGAUAUUGUACGAUUUUAGGAGUUUGAGGGUAAACAGGUCUGGAACUUUAAAUUUUGCUGUGAUUAUCAUUAUUUAAUAAAUAUUGUUUUAUGUUAACACUGUGAUAAUAAUUUUCAAAGACUUUUACAUAUAAAUAAUCAUUCUCAUGAAACAUAAACAUAAAGUUCUUGGAAGGUCUUUCAGGCAGUUUCAGCAGGGGUUAGGUUGCUCACCUCGCUGUAGUUCAUCUGGUCAUUCCUCUUUCCAUGUUAACUCCCAUCAAGGGCCACAAACAAACUCUUUACAAAACCUUUUCAUCCCCAGUGUUGUUUUCCAUCUCUCUAUCUACUUUGUGCCCUUUCCAAGAAAUUUUCCUCUUCCCUCACUGAAAAUAAUAUUUAUUUGAUUCUCCCCCACCCCAAACCGUCUGGCCAAUUCUUCCUAAACAAUAAAUUUUGAAAUGCAUGGGUCUACAACAUUGCUGUUUACAUUCCAUGGGUUCCCACCAAUGGUUCGCCACCCUAAAUGAAACUAAAUGAGAUUUCUGUUGUGAUUUCUUGUAUAGCUACUUUCAUAAGAGAUGUCUUGUAAAGCAGCUUUCAUAACCAUUCUCAGGUCUUGUAAGAUUCAGAUAUGAAUAGUGUUACAAAAAAAAGUCAACUGAAUAAUUUGCUCAAUAUUUAUUUUACUAGACUGGGCUGUGGUCUAAAAUGCUGUUGUCAUGUUUGUAUUUGCUAAAAUGUCUUAUUGGUUAAUUAAGUUUUUCUAGGUGUCAGUAUAUGCCGAUGAAAACAUUUCAUGAUCUGGUCAGCAAAUCCAAUAAACAUGUCCAUUUAUGAUUAUUUCAGCUUCAUUUCAUUACCAAUAUGAAGCAAAAAUGAUGUUAAUAAAGUAUUAUUUUUUUCCACCCACAGGUUACACAAGGCUUUUCUAUUUUUGAAUCUGUAGCAUCCCCCUCAGAUGAUACAUCCCCUUACACAGCUUCAGGAUAUUUUAAUGUAAGUAGAAAAAAUCACUUUUUUCUAAUCAUUAUGCAAAGUGGCCAUUCAGGUUGAUGAAACUAAACAAUGGUCGGCAGUUUACAAUGACAAUGGGAGGGUGGUUUAUUCUGGUCUGUCUCUGGCAGCUGUGGCUUAGCUGACAUGACAGCUCUUUGUUUACUUCAAAGGCUGUUUUAGUCCCCAGCUGACUGGGCUUUCCGCCUUCUGACCGCACUCGAGGUUAAGGUUGUACACCCACAUUUCAGACUCACCCAUUCAAGGGCUUUAAAAGGUAUCUGUUUCACCUUUGGGCUCUGUACACUUUAUCCAGAUUUCUACAGGGAACAAGGGAUAUGCAGCUGAACAACCUGGUGUAUCACUCUGUUUAAAGUAUCAGACUGACUCAUGACAAUAUUGUAUUGCCAAAUAUUAGACCAAUUUAUCUCCCAGUGCAUCAUUCUACCUUUACUUUCUUUGUCAAAAAAAAAAAAGAGCUUGGCCCUGAUAUACAUUACCCAAACUGAAGUAAACCCGAAUCAAGAGUUGGUUUAUUAUUCCGGAGUGGAAAUUGAGCAAGAAGAAGCAGCCUUAGGUUUGUUGUUUUUCAAAAUAUUUUAUUUGACUUUUCCCGCUGCCUGAAUUAGAAAAAAGUGCUGCUUUCUCUCAUCUAUUAACAGCUUCUUUCAUUAUAUUUCACCCACUAAUUUGGCACUUUGGGUUUUUCUUUAUUCACACUUGUGUUGUUUCAAAAUAUGAACAUACCAAUAGUGAGCUUGAAUUAAAUUCCAGAUGAACUUAAUUAAUUUUUCUCUCUUUGCUAAGAGAGAAUUUGGACAUAAUGAAUAUUUAAAUAUCUAUAGUAACUUUCUUUGAAGAAUAUUUGAAAAGAGUGCUUUUCUUUUUCUUUUUUUUUUUGUUGUAAGAAUUAAGGUGCUGGAUAAAUACUGCCAAAUAAAUGUAGCUGAAUGGUCUUGGACAAAAUAAUUAGUUUUUUCUGCAAAUAUGCAGCCCUGCCAGAAAUGACUAUCACAGCUCCAUUCAGUGUAGAGAUGGGAAUCAAACCCAAACCAAACACACCAAACUCGAACCCUUCUGACAAAUGACUGCAAUGAACCGAACCUUGCUGACAGCCGAACUGAACUGAACCAAAACCCUGCUCAUGACUGAACCUGAAUCGAAUAUAAACUUCAACGUAACUUAGUAUGAAACAACCAGAACAUUCUAUUGCAAACUUAUUAGAACCGUCACUGUUUUACCAAUGUGGUACAUCACUACUUAUGUCACAAUUGCUAGAAAAUUUGAUUGCAAAAUGUUUUUUUGUAAACCAAAAUGAUAUUUUCUAAAUCAUCUGCUACACAACAUCCCUUCACACAUAGAUUCGAUUUUGUUUUAAUGUGUGACAAAGUAAUCAUCAAUGCUAUGUGGCCAACUUUUUUUAUCCAGUGUCAGAAAUUCAUUCAAAACAAACAAAGUUAGAUACCUGUAGGCCUAUUUAUUUAUCGCUGUAGAUGUUUCUCCUACAAGCAGUGAUGUUGGAGGGGAGCUGGCCAAACCCUUGUAUAGAGAGUUGACAUUUUUUCCAACUGCAGAAGUUUUAUCGUGGAUGAGGGCACAAAAAUCUUGGCCUGCCCCUGACGGCACUAAGCCUAGGUGUGCCACUACCUACAAUAUAAACAAUUAACAAACCCCACGCUGCAGUAGAUCCAAAGUGAAGAAAGACAUGAUAGAAAUUGUUUGUUUUAGCCUAUGCCAUUGAAAGGAUUGAUACAUCAUAAUAAACUAUUUCGAAUCGUCCUUUCACUAACCAUAAACAUCAAACCCAUAGAAUAUAUAUGUUUCCUUAUUUUCAUUCAAUUUUAUUGACUUGCGUUUGUUUAUUGAUAAGUUAUAUAAGUCAUGUUGUACUAUGAUAGCUUAAGACAAAAGGUUCUUUUUUUUUUUUUUUUUUUUUUUUUUUAAACCCCUUUUUUUAUUAGAAAUGUAAAAUAUUUUUAUUUAAUUUAAAUUAAAACCAAAUUAAUUUCUUGCGUUUGUUUAUUGAUAAGUUAUAUAAGUCAUGUUGUACUAUGAUAGCUUAAGACAAAAGGUUCUUUUUUUUUUUUUUUUUUUUUCUUUAUAAACCCCUAUUUUUAUUAGAAAUGUAAAAUAUAUUUAUUUAAUCUAAAUUAAAACCAAAUUAAUUUCAAAAUACUGAACACGCUGAACUGCACUGAUUGCCUAAUCCUGCCGACAACCAAACCCGAACUUGUAAAAGAGCGUUUGAUUCCCAUCUCUAAUUAAGUGUAAAGACAAUUUUUAAAGUUGCUAGAUAAUAUUAGAAAUUUUUGUUUUCUUUCCCCUUUAAGAAAUAUGGAAUAGUCCCCAUCACGACAACCAAAGUCGUGGAGAAAAGCACAAGAUUGCAGCUCCGUUUCGGGCAGGUUGCUCCUGGCAUGGGAAUAUUACAAAAGAAUUUUAAAUGUGUGUCUUUGUGUUAGUUUUUUAUUUUUCAUAAAAAAUAUAUUUCUAUAGCAAAUAGUUAAUUUUUUCUUGCUUGCUUUUAUUUAGAUGUCUUUUUAAAAAAUUAAUUACCCAACUAAUUGUUUAAAGAUUUAUGUGUUAUGAAAUCAGACUCUAUAAUAGCUUGUAAAAUAGAUUACUGUUCAGUAGAAAGUAGUUUCUUCCAGAAUUUUUUAGUUUAAACCUGGAACCUGAGAAAUGUUUCAUUAGCCAAUGAGAGCUUACCAUUGUCCAGGGGGAAUUAAUUAGCAGAAAAUUGCUUUAUGGAUAAGUUGUCAUAGUCACCUUGUGAGUGACUUAGUAAACAGCUCAUGAAUUGGCAGUUUUUGUGGGAUUUUACAUAGGACAGUCUUUGCUGCAUUUUAUACACAGUACAGUUUUUUCUGCAUUGUACAUAGGACAGGCUUUGUUGCAUUUUACAUUGGACAGUUUUUGUUGCAUUUUAUAUAGGACAGUCUUUGUUGCAUUUUAAAUUGGACAGUCUUUCUUGCAUUUUACAUAGGAGAACCUUGAUUGAUGUUUUUUUUUAUUUACCUCUGGCUCGACACUUUUGUGUGUGCCAAGUUUUCAUUUUGCCCAUCCUCAAAACAGCAAACACUCUUUUAAAUGGCCAGAACGGUCAUCAGCAAUGCUCUCCCAUUCUCUUAUAUUGAUGCUGUCUGCUUUUAUAUCUCUUUCACAUGACCUUGUAGUGAAGGUGCGGUUGUCCAGUUUGUCUUGCCCACUCUGCCAAUUCCUGGUAUAGCAGGUGCUUAUGAACAUAGCCUGCUUCCAUGGACCAGCUAAUGAAAUAGUUCCUUGCUGAGAGUGGAGAAUAUUCUGUACUCUCUGGCACAUUCCAAAACUGUCCAGCCAUGUUCUGUGCAGAUGAGCCAAAAACUUCUUAGAUGGAAGCUGUUGAGUUUCCACUCAUGGCUUGCAUAUGAGGCUCCAUGACAUAGAAGUGCCUACUGAGCAUGCAUGCCUGGCAGAUGCAAAGUUGUGUCCUGUCUGUGAGGUUAGGUGUUCCCCGCCCACAUUUAUUUAUCGCUAACAAGGUUGUACCAAAAUGCAUUUUAAUUUUAAACUCUAAAACAAGGCAUAUCAUAAAUGAUGCAACAAAAGAGUUUUUCUAUCACUUUCAGUGCAUAAACCAGAGUUACAGUUACUAAGAACUUAAUUCUAUUUGUUUUAAGUGGUUAUCCCAACUUUCAAUGAUUUCAGAUGAUUGGUUUGCAGGAAUUUAGAAGUGAAAUAUUAAUGGCCAUAGAUUUUGAAUCACAGCCUAGGGUACUUGCAGUCCAUAGUUCAGACUCAGGUACUUCUGGUCUGUACUUUUGUCAAUAUUAAAAUUUGCUGUUAGUUUAUAGUUGCUGUUACUUUCAAUUGUUAAUUGGAAUUUUAAUCGCACUUAGAAAAAGUUAAUUAAAAAUCAGCUGUUUGUCACAUUGCAACAUGAUCAACAUUUCUGGCUGGAGCUAGAGGUUUGCUAUGGCUAAGGCUAUUUUCAUAUUCAAUUUCCAUAUUACCAUCAAUAGUUUUCUUUACCUCAUAUUAUAAGGAGACCCAUCUAUAAGAUGAUGUCUAGACAAGGGAACAAAUUCUUUUUAACUUCAUGCAGAGGUGGUGUUGAAUCACCAUGCUUUUGCCAGAUGUAGUAAUUUAUGGUAAUUGUAUACCAAUCAACCUUCCCCCUUUAUUUAAAUUUAUUAAGAAACCUGUCCCAAUUGGCCCUACUAUAAAAGCUGUGUAACUCCCCCCCCCCCUGUACAUCUUUUAUAACUGUACAACUUUCAGAUGUGAUGAUGUGAUGUUCACUUUGUAGUUAGCACAUGAACCUAAUCUCUGUGCAGCCAUGUUCUCCUGCAUCAUGUUGGAUUUCCUCUCCAUUGAAUCUAUAAAUUGUAAUAUAAUCUGUGCAUCUAAAUGUAUACACAUUUUCUGGUAUAAUGUCCUGUGUGAUCACUUUCUAUUGUAUAUUUCUGUGCUCAAAUAUCUCUUAAUAAUGAGGCCAGUCAUUUUUUUUUCAUUUGACUUGAGAGGAAUACGCUCUCAAGCCUCUUGCCCUACUUGCAACACCCUGCCCGAUUACACCCAUUUCUUAAUUUACUAUCUAAAACUCAAAUAGGGGUCUAUAACAGGCACAACUUUUCUCAAACCCAAUAAGAUAAUGUAUAAAUAUGUUCUUAAAUCUUGCCAAUGACUCUUCCCACUUUGAAACCAAAAUCCUUUAAAAUUGAACAAAUGUGUAAGUCUUUUUUAUUCAAAUUGCUGCAAAGAUCUCCUUUAAAAUUGAACAAAUCUGAAGCCAUAUUUUGAGUAAAUUAAGGUACAUUCACACUGCGGAUUUGUUACUUGAAUUCUCAACUUUCUGUGCCUACGUGCUACUCGCUGCUAAGAAAAUGGGGCCACCAAGUUUCACACGUUUUUUUUUUACUCUUGCCAUACAUUUUCUGCUGGAUAUGUACAGAAACAAUUGAAUCAUAUUUUUAUCACUGAGCUUGCACUAUCAUCAUCAGCUGACAGGUUAGUGGCAAAGCAACUGGUAGAAAAUAUGGAGUGGACGAACAAAUAAGAUGAAUUAAAUAUCAGUUAACUUGUUUACAAAUGUUAUAAUCGAUAGUUUUUUUUUAGGAUGGUAUAAUUUGUAGUUGAAAGAUUAUAUUUGAGUGGGCAAGACAAAAAAAAUGUACAGUAGCAUUGUCUAUUUAUAAAAAAUGGAAGCAAAGAUUUUAAAAAAAUGUUAGGUUCUAAUUUUUCUGUGCAUUGGUAAAAUCAUAUUGAAAAAAAAAGACAAAUGUAUUCAUUUAGGUAGCCACAUGUAGUCACAUUAUGCUGACCCUUGCACUACCACAUACUUUUAAAAUUCAUAAAUAAUUUUAAAGAUUAUGAAUCGGAUCCAUAUUGGAGAUCAGUGUGAAUGCCUCUGUGGGACAUCUGUGCCAUUGAUUCUCAACAUGGAUUCACUGAUGAGCAUUGUGGCUGCAACAAAUGAGCAGUGUUAGCGUACCUUUAAGCUGUGUCCAAGUUUGCAUCAAAUUUAAACCUUUGUCAUGCAUAAGUCUUUGUUUUCUGCAACUUGCAGCUUUUGCCUGUGGUAGUGGUCGCCAACCACCAGCUUGGGAACCACAAUUUACCCUUUUUUUUCCCUCUUUUUAAAAAAAAUGGUAAUAAUUUAUAAGGGGGAGAGACUGCAACCAGUUUAGCAAAAGAGAAAAGUAGUGUAACAAAGUACAAGAAAAACUGAUAUGCAACAAAACAACGGAUGUGAAGAAACCUUCAUCAGCUGACAGACAACAAUAAAAACAGAAUUAAAUUAAAAUAACACAGCUUAAAUGUAGCAUCCAAGAGGGCAGCAUGAGAAUUAUUACAGAAAAUAAGUAGGUGAGAGAUUAAAUGCAGGCUAAAGGGAAAAGAAAAGAGUAAAAGUAAGUCCACUGCGAUAGGUCGUGAGGGGGAGGGGUGGAGCAAGGUUUACAAUGUGAAUGAGACCAUGACAUUAAGGUUUUCCCAUACUUUUGUUUACUCAUUUCUUCAAUUUUUAAGAACAAUCUACAAUUUCUUGUGGCUCACAAAAUAUUUUCUUAGGAGAUUUAAUAUGAAAUUUAAAAAUUGGAUCCUCACGCAAAAAAAAUGUGCUUACCCCCGGCCUAUGGGCUUUGAGUAACUGGUACACAAAAGGUACUAAAUAACCCAUUUAAAUUAUAUUAGCCCUGUGUUCAAUUAUAAAUUCCCAAUCAUUGAUCUUGCUUUUUCCAGUAGAUGUUGUGAAAUGUUACUUAAGACAAAAUUAAUUAAAAUAAACCAACUUAUUUCACUUUGCACUAUAAAAUAGUACACCAAAUAUUGCUUUAAAGACUAUGCUAUUUUGUGUUUUAGCUUUUGAUGUCAUUUUGUGUUUUUGCUAGUUUUGCUUUUCUGCUACUUACUUUGAAUAUUUAUUUUAACAAUUAUUAUGCAUCAAGUCAUAAAUAUAUACAAAUCUGUAGAUUGCAAUUGAUAUGAUUUAAACAUCUUAUUCAAACUCUUAUCUUUUAUCUUAAUGAAAAAAACCCAACCCUGAAAAUAAAAAUAAAUAAAUAAAAACCAAAGCAUAUUAACCAAACUAGUACCUCUGAUUUAAAUAAUGUUUUGUUACCUUCAAUAAUUGUUACAACUUAGACCUCAAGUGAUUUUAUUUUAAAAUAAUAAUUAAAUUUAUCUUUAAAGCUAUGGUAGUUAUAAUUGUUUCAUGAUGAAAAUGACAUUUAAAUGUUUCUUUUCCCAUAGUUUACAUUGUGAAAAUUCAUUUAAAAUAUUUAAGAGCUUAUAUAUUACAUUUAAAAAAAAAUUAAAUCCAAAAAUGAAGGGGUGAAUUUAUUAAAUGACUUUCUUUUCUACAAAAUAAUUGUUACAAAUUAACAAAAUUAAAAAGGUACUUUGAUUGAUUUUACAAAUUACUCUAAACGUGCUACAAAAUUGAAGAAGCUGUUAUUAUUGAGUGUUUAAACUCAAUUUUUAAUUAUCAUUGAUCAGUUUAAGAAAAUUGAUUACAGUACAUUGGCUUAAUUUUGCAGAUGAUGAAAUUAUGAGAAAUGAUGUACCAAUUUCAAAGCUACCAGUACCAGCUGUAGACAAAUUAGAAAAGCCAACUUCUAAACCCCGUAAAGAUUUCCCAGACACAUGGCUUUGGGGCCAAGGCAGAACUAAGUAAUUUUUUUAUUUUUUAUUUAUCAUUUCCUUUGGUGGAAAUGUCCUUUGGUGGAAAUGUCCUUUGGUGGAAAUGUCCUUUGGUGGAAAUGUGCAAAAGUUAUGGCUGUAAACUUUAUGGAGUUUUUUUAUUAAAAACUGGAAGUCCACAAUGUAUAGGAAUGUUUACAUAUGUAAAUGAAAUAGCAAAACGAGGUAUGUGGAAACUUGAAUUUAAGGACAGGACAAUAAGAUUAAAACGUUUCAGCAUAGAGCCUUCCUCAGUGCACAGGACAAAUGAACAUAUCAUAAGGAACAGAGCACAACUUGAGUUGUUUACCUUAAAUUUAAGCUUCCACAUACCUUGUUUUGCUAUUUCAUCUACUUAGCUUGAAUGCAGUCCUUUAAUUAUUACAUAUGUAACUAACUUUUUAAAACCAAUGAAGUUUACAUAGGCCUAUACAAUGAGUUUUUUAUGACAUAUACAAUGAGUGUUUUAUGACAAAAGCUGAGUGCAUCAUAAAAUUCCCUGGGAUUAUUGAAUUAGUAACAUUGCAUUCAUUUAGUAAUACAGUGAGACAACAAUGUGCUAUGUCCACGCUCUUAACUACCUGAAAUUUCAUUGCACACCUUUUUAUCAGUCACUGGUGACACAAUCACAUCUUUUUGAAUGUGUAAAAAUAGAUAGAUCACGAGAUCAUCAAGUUGGGUGAAAAUGAAGGAAAAUCUGUUUACAAAAAAUAAAUGAUUUAAAUAUGAAUAAAAAUAAUAAUUACUGUUCAUUAUUUUUUCUUUUCUUUGUGUAAAAGUAAAGGGCUUUGACUCACAUAGACACAUCUGAGCUGAUCCAUGUAAAUCACACUUCCUUCUAACCUAGUGUUGUGGAGUACUUAAAAGCAACCCCUUUGUUUAAAUUCCAGCAUGAAUGGCAAGUUGAGCACCAAGGUGACUCUGCCAGACACAAUAACGUCCUGGAUGGUUUCUGCAUUCGCCAUCAAUGACAAUGGGCUGGCAGUGGGAGAAAAGCCGUUCGAGGUAAGACAGUCAUCAUUGUGGCCUUAUAUAAUGGCUUUGCAAAGCUCAGUUGCCUAAACUUGUGUUUUCAGCUGGUGCCUACAGAUCAGUUACAAGAUCAGUUCAAAUAUGAUCUGGGAGAUGAUAGAAUCCAGGCAUUUUAACAACUUAUAUAACCAAGUUUUUAUGCUGUAAAAAGUCAUAGGGCCAAAGUGAUAAUGUUUGGAAGAUGUUCAGCUGAUAAAUUUUGAAAGCAGGAUGGUCUCUAAGGAGACUGCUAGGCACAUUUAUCAAUAUCAUUUACAAUUUGGUUUAUUUUCAUGUUCUCCUGACCACGCAGCGGCUGCCGUCCUUGGAAAUGGGGAGAUUUUUUUUGUAUGAUAUUUCAUUUUUAUUCUGAUGUUUAUUCAUCCUUCUGAUUAGUUGAAGGCUUUCCAGUUGUUUUUCCUGACCAUGAACUUGCCCUACUCCAUCAAGAGAGGAGAGAUCUUUAUCCUGAAGAUCACCGUUUUCAACUACAGGAACCAGGAUGUUGAUGUAAGUAACUGUGUGACAGGAGAAUAUACAAAAGACUUUAAACAAAGAAAGUCAGUAAAAGUUUGUCAGUACCUUUAUAUAUUGCAAUGUCAUAAUACAGUCAUCGUCGGUCUACCUCCUAUUUAAUUUCAUUUAUUUUAUUUUUUUUAAAAAUUAUUUUGUGUCAUUUCCUGUAAAACACACACCCAAAAUUCUUAUAUAUCAUUUGAUGCUUCAAAAAGAAACCAUUUCCUGUUAGAUUUGAAGGAUUACCGUUCUACUCCUAACAAGCUGAGUUAGGUUUUUAUUCUCUGUUGUCUCUGAUUUUUUUUGCUGUUAUGUUUGGUCUUUCUUCAGCUUUUCCAGUAUCCUGUAUUUUUAUAUUUGAUAAUGCUUCAACCUGACCACAGUCCUUCCCAUAUUACACUAAUGCCUGUGUUAGACUAUCCUCUGCAUUUAUAAUCUGACUUCUCUCUCAUGCAGGCAGUGGUUGCAUUUUCCCACAGUGACCAGUACUCAGUACUGGAGAGUGAAGAGAAUAAUGGAUGGUAUGAAAAAUCAGUGUCGGUAAGUGUUGUUAAAAAUAUCUCAAGCUCAUUCUUUUUCAUUAUCUUGAACAAAGAUUAAGACAUCCAUAAUCACUGAGUCAAACCGUGUGGAGCUGCCACCAAACAUCUUGAUUAGCCAAUAAAAGAUAAACUAAAUGUGCACAAGUCUGCCCUAGUAACAUCUCUAGUGUACUUGAAUUAUGCAGCCAGUGUCACUAUCCCCGUCCCCCUUUUCUUCCAGCUUUUACCAGUGGCAUACUGUUAAAUAGUGGUUUGCAAAUAAAAGAUAGUGUUGUUUACCCUAUAGAACAUUUAGUGGAUUAAACUGUGGUUCACAGAGUAGGAAACUUGGACAUAUAUAUAAUCCACAUGUUAUUUCUUCUGAACUUGAAUCGCCUCCAUAUACAAUUGGAUAAGUUCUUGUUUUCAUUUUGAGUGUCAAAUUUUAAUGGAAGUAUAAAAGGUGCUAAUGUUAAGUUUACAGUCUUUGGCAUAAGUUAUCUGUCUUAAAGAUAAAUUAACAAUCUUAAGGAUAAGUCAUCAGUCUUAAGGAUAAAGGAUAAAGUAUGUAAAAAAAAAAUUUUUUUUAAAUUUUUUAGUUACCCGACUAAAUUUGUCAGCCAACAGGACAGCAGGUAUAUUACAUAAAAUAAAUGCCACUUUCUGAUUAUUUCUGUGUAUGUAAAACUAUUAGUUAAGGUGUUUGUAUUUUACUUCUAUUAUUUAACUAUACAUUCAUUCAAUGCAACUCUUCCAACUCAAAGAUGCCAGCCAACAGGGCAGCAAGUGUGUCAUUUAAAAUCAAUGCCACCGUGAUUGGCAAGAUGGAGUUACAUGUUACAGCCACAGAUGCCAAGGAUGGACAGAAGGACGAAGUGAAGAGAGAGCUUUUAGUCAAGGUAAACAUCUAAUUAUCCUUUCUUUAAAAAACAACAACAAAAACUCAUUAAAAAAUGUGACAAUCUGAUUGAUCUAAAUUGGUUAGAAUAUAGGCAAAAGAGUAAAUCAUCCAGUACACAUUGGCACAUAGCUCAAGGGAGUGCAUGAGAUAAAAAUGCAUAGCAAUAAAUAACCAACUUGUAGUGGUAGAAUGUUGAAAUCAGAUAUGUUGUGCAUCCCAUAUUUAAAAUUAUCUUUGCUAUCUUGUUCAAUGCAUUUACCAAGAGGAUUUCCCUUCACCAUUUUCUAGCCCGAGGGAGAGGAGAGAUCCAGAGCCCUAACCAAGGUCCUGAUGUUGAAGUCUGAAAAGAGCCUGAAUGAGACUUUCUACAUCCAUUGGCCAAGUGAUAAGAUUGUAGCAGAUUCUAAACGAGUGGAAGUCAAAGUGACAGGUUUGUGAUAUGUUCCAGGCAGGGGCAAUGAAUAUGAGCAGCCUGCACAGUUUGUGAUGUAAUUGGUUUGAUUUUAGCACAUUUAAUCAUUCAUAGUUGGUGUAUAAAGUUUGAUGUUACUUUUUUUUAUUUUUAAGAAAAUUGUCACAUUUUUUAAAAAAAAAAAUGGUUUGGUUGAAUAAAACAGUAAUUUAAAGAAGAAAAAUAAUUGCCAGAAAUGUAAAAUUUACGCGUAGAAAUAAUUUAGACACAUUUGUUUUUAAAUAAACAACAUAUUAAUAAGUGGUUUAAAAAUCUGUUUUUAGUCGUUAAUUAUUUAUCCCCUAAUUGUACAUUAAGCAAAUGUGAUGGUUGGAGGAAGAAAGGAGAGAUGCUCAAAACAGAGAAAUUUGUUUCCAUAUUUAAGCUGCAUUAGUUAAGAUUAUCUGCAUUGCAAUCAAGAAGUACCAGGUUUCAAUUCAUUUAGGCCUUCUCCAAACUAUUAGUCAAUAGUAUGGACGCUUUAGCCAAGCUAGGCAGAUUUUUUAAAAUUCUAACCUUGGAAGGUGGAAGAUGGCAGCCAACUUGGCACGGGUUUGUAAUAAAAACCAUCUGCCAAUAUAAAAAAAUAGCUUUCGUCUUCCAAGUUCCUUGGAGUUGCAGGGAAAAAUCCAGGAAGUUAUAAAAAAAAAUUUAUACUUUUAAAAUUCAGAAAUUUGAGUUGAGUUGUAAAUAUUUUUAAUUUAAUUCUUACACUGUUUUAAUUCUGUUACAAUUUUUACUGUCAAUUUAGCUGACAAUAUAUGUAAAUAUAUUUUUGUUCUUUUCCCAUAGGGGAUGUCUUUGGUCAGGCGCUGUCUGGUCUAGAGCAGCUGGUGACUGUACCAUGUGGAUGUGGGGAACAGAACAUGAUCACUACAGUACCCAACAUCUUUGGUCUCAAGUACAUCAGGGAGACAAGGCAAGAAGGAAUGGAGGCUCUGCAGCUCAGCCUGAUCACUAAUAUGAAGAGAGGUUUGUUGUGCUGCACUCAUGAUGAACAUUGUAGUCUCUGACAAACAUUAACAAGUGUUCAGGUAUCUCUGCUUAUUUACUGGCAGAUCUUCAUGUUGACCAUUUUGGCUAACUGACAAAUUAACUUAAUGUUCUAGACUUGAUACUACACUCGUGGGUAACUGAUAAAUUAACUUACAGAUCUAGACAUUACACUACACUCAUGGGUAACUGAUAAGUUAACUUACAGAUCUAGACUUGAUAUUGCACUCAUGAGUAACUGAUAAAUUAACUCACAGAGCUAGAGUUGAUGCUACACUCAUGAGUAACUGAUAAGUUAACUUACAGAUCUAGACUUGAUACUACACUCAUGAGUAACUGAUGAAUUAAGUUACAUAUCUAGACUUGAUACUAUACUCAUGGGUAACUGAUAAAUUAACUUACAGAUCUAGACUUGAUACCACACUCAUAUUGUCCAUUUUGGAUAACUGAUAAAUUAAAUUACAUAUCAUGAAUUAUUUUUAAGCUUUUGAAUUUCUAUGGGGACUCUUAAAAAGAUAACUAAUCCUCUGAUCUAAAUCUGACACAAACGCAGACAGGGAAUCUUAGUUUUCUAUCAGCUCAUCUGAUGUUUGUUUCUAUGUACCAGGAUACCAGCGUCAAGUGGAAGGCUACAGACAUAAGGAUGGCUCUUAUAGUGCUUGGGGUGAAACAUCAGGCAGUCCUGGAAGUACUUGGUAAGCUUUGAUGUGUUGGUAAUUCUUCUUAUUUAAUGGAAAAAACUUUUUGAUAUGGUCUGAUUGUCAUGAUGACCCACUCUUUUAGAACAACUAUGGAUCUGUCAAGACAUUAACGUGGAGAGACUUAUUGUGUUUUAUUAGGAAUUGGCUCAAUUGUGCUUGAAAGCUGAGCAUAUGGUCAAAUCCUCUGAUUUAUAUUAUCGAGUUUUAUUGUUGCACUAGGUGGUGUUGUUUAUGGCCUCGCAUACCAGGAAUGUAAGGUUCUCGAUAAAAGUUACAUUAAUUCCGAUGGCUACAUCAAUAAUCAGACAAAUGACAUCCAUGCCCUUUGAUCAGGCAUGUGGGACAAUAUGGUGUGCUGUUUCAGCACAUGGCCCCUAUUUCACUGAGGAUGACGAAAGCAAUACUAUUAACAUUGCCAAAGAAUGCUGCAGGGGCGUGGUGAUCAAAAUAUUUCUUCAGGAUAUGAGAAGGUUCUGCAGUGCAAGUAAUAGGCAAUGGUAUCACUGAGAUGGGGCAACCAGCCGUAAUGCUUGAGAAUCUAUCGUUACUUGCCAUUAACCAGAUCUUACGCCACCUGAUCCCUACUUGUGGGGAAUGUUACAGGAGAAUAUGUUCAACUGUGAAGAUCUGCUAAGAACUCUGUCUGCAUUAUGUAAGAAAAUAACCUCCUUUUGCAGGAGUCUGCAGCAACCAUUAGGCUUCGUGACCAGGAGUCAUGUUGUGGCCGGUGGAGCUAAGUCAAAUGAACAUAAAUGUUAACUUGAUCAUACAUAUUGCCAAAAGAAUAUUUUAUCAUGAGCCGUUCAUACAUAUAUUUUUUAAUUACAGCUUAGAGGAAUUCGAAAUAUCUCAAUAUUUUUGAAAUAUUCAUUGGUUAUGAGCUAUUUUAAAUAUCCUGCAUUUUUGGGAAACUUCGUAGAUUUUGGCCAUUUCAAAUAUUCCCCUAUUCAGCACUCAAGGUUACUUAGUUUUUAUGUCCAUUGCUUGGUGUUGAUAAAAUUUAAUAUGAUACUUCAACUUCUGACAUAUAUAUGUUCUGUGGUCUUCGGUGUCUUUGGGAAGCUCCCAACGCUAUCAGGCUCAUACCCAUAACUAUUUUCAGUCCAGCUUAACAAAGUUCUGUGUUAUUCUGUAGUUUCGUUCUAUUAUAGCCAUUGUUUCUGGAGAGAUUUUGCAAUCGACGUUUAAAUAUAUAUUUAUCAUAUUUAUAAUAAGAGUUCAAACUACUUUAACCAAGUAUCCUGUCUACCAUAUCGAUUCUAUAGGUAAGUAAACCCUGAAACGUUUUAUUUAUGUCAUUUAAAUUAAUUAAUUAUUAUUAAUUAGUAUGACCCGUCGUGUGUUUUAUUUUGUUCAAUUAAAAAUGAAGACUUGCCAUGUCAUCAACUAGUAAAGAUGUUGGACCAAAGAUGAGAAAAAUCACAAAAGAAUUAAGAAGCUUUCAAGACAGGUGGACUAUAAACAAUUUUUUCAUGGACAUUAAAACGAAGCUCAUAUACUUGAUAUGCAACUAAUCUGUUUUGUUUGUUUUGAAAGAGUAUAACAUCAAACGUCACUACAAGACUAAACAUGCAAAUAAGUUUAAUAAGUAGAAAGGGCAAUUUUGACUAGACCAAGUAAAUGUAUAGAAAAAGAAAAAUUCUGCACAACAAAAGAUAUUUACUAGAGCGGGUUCAGAGUCAACAUGCUUUGUAAAAACUAGUUAGGCAGUAGUCAUGAUACUAGUAAAAAAAAUGGAGGCCAUAAUCAGAUUGUGAAAUGGUAAAGGAAUGUUUGGAGAGGAUCAUUGAAAUUCUGUGUCCAGAAAAGAAGAAAUUUUCUCAAAAAUAAGUCUGUCUCGUCAGACUAUUUUCAGCAAGAAAUUAAAUCAUUGUUUGCAGGCAAGUCAAUAAUAUCCCAGAAUUUGAAGACAAAGAGUGGGUUUGCUACUUUGCAUUUCUGAUUGAUAUAACUAGCCACCUAAAUGACAUUAAUACUUGUCUAGAAAGGAAAUGUCAGUUAAUUAAUAAGAUUUAUGAUCAUAUUUCUGCAUUUCAAAUGAAACUUGGUCUUUGGGAACAACAGUUGAGGACAAAAAACUUUACUCAAUUUUAAAACCGAUUUUAGGAUUUUAAAAUAACAUCAUGUGCUUUUUUUUACAAAUGGAACAGUGUGAAAUGUGAUACACAGUUAAAAGAGAAAUGCCAUCAAGUUGGUUUGAAAGAGUUUUAUAAAACGUAUUUAAAAGUGUGACAUGUUUCCUUGGUUGAAGGGAGGCAUGUUUUCAUUGUUAUCCUUACAACAUGCAAAUUUUCCAUGCCUUGAAGGGUGGCAUGUUUCCAUGCCUUGAAGGGUGGCAUGUUUUCAUGCCUUGAAGGGUGGCAUGUUUCCAUGCCUUGAAGGGUUCCAUGGUUCCAUGCCUUGAAGGGUGCCAUGUUUCCUUGUGUCAUUAAAACUCUAGCCAAAUUUUAUUGGGUUGUAUUUUAUUUUUAUUUUUCAGAAGUGUGUUUUUCCCAGACCAGGAAAAGCUGUAAAAUCUUUAGGAGAUUCUGUUCUAUUGUCAGACAUAAUAUACCUCAUUGUGGCGCUGGUUCUAUUUUAAUAUUAAAGUAACAAACAGUAGAUCUGUUUGUGGUUAUGUUAAUUAACUAAUUAUAAAAAGUGUUGGACUGCAAUAAAGCUUUAAAAUAUAUUAAUAAGACACGAACAAAUUGUGUCAAUAUAACAAUAAAAGUUAUGAUUUAAUAAUAAUUAUAAAUUAUACACAAGUAAAUGUUUCGGCACAUGCCUUCAUCAGUACAUACAAAAAAACCACAUAUAAAUAAGUAUAAAUUAAAUUUACAUAAUAUCAAUAUACACAUCCUACCUAAAACAGAAAAAAUAUAGGAGAGGGUGCUAAAACCAGACAAAAACAAAGUAAAGAGAAGUAGAAAGGAAGUGAUUUUAACAUAAUUGGAAAAACCAAACAGGAAAAAGAGAUGGCAGUUAGGUAAAAUUGUGGAUUUGGUUCAUUCCAUAUGGAGACAACGUACCAAAUCUAGUUAUUAAUUUGUUCUCCAUAUAGAUUCUAUCUGUAGUGUUACUAGUAUAGAGUAUACCAGUAACUACGAUGUCUGAGUUACCAUCAUGGUUAGGGUUAUUGAAAUGUUUGGAGACCGGACAGAGCGCGUGUUUAUUUAUGUUAUAGAGUUGCUCUCUGAACCGGUCCCCAAGGCGACAACCUGUCUCUCCUAUGUAUAAUUUACAGCACUUUUUGCAAAUGAUGGUGUAAAUGUUAUGUUAAUGCAAAUAUUAGGAUUAAUUUGAAUCAACAGGCAGUUAUAUAAGACUGUAUGGCCAGACAAAUGUUCAUACUUGUCAGCUGUAAACUUAGUUUUCAAUGUCUUAUUUUUCAGGCUGACAGCCUUUGUGGUCCGCAGCUUUUCCCAGGCAUCUCAGUUCAUCUCCAUUGACACAGAGGUUCUCAAGUCAGGCAUAGAAUACUUGAGGCUUAAACAGGGCAGAAAUGGCCAAUUUCAAGAAGCUGGAAAGGUCUUGCAUUCAGACAUUCAGGUUAAGAAGUUCUAUUCAAGUGUAUAGAUAUUUUAAUGCCCAUGAGUUUUGUAUUGAAUCAGAGAUCCAUAUUAGCAUCUACAAGCUCAGGUGAGGGUUAAAAAAAAAAUAUAUAUAUGCUCCUAAGUUUGUUCUACUAACGCUAACUACUCAUCUAAUGAGUGUAAAAGCAAAGGAUUUUGGCUUUCCAGACAUAAACCUUAGUAGAGAAAGAUGGUGUAAGAAUUCUUUUUGCUAUUUCAGGCCCUAGGAAUUCUCAUUAGUGUUGAAUAAAUUUCCAGUAAUUCAUAUCCUAGUACUUUUAAGCUAGUUGUUAAUCACUCAAUCGUAUCUUAUUAUAAAAUAGAGAUAUUCAAGUCCAAUUAUUUCCAGGAACACAGCUUAUGACAUUGAUAGUUGUGAUAUUUAUUUCACUAUUUCAUGCUGUCCAGUUUCCUGUGAGGCUUUAGAUAUAGAGUUGGACAUUUUAAUAUUUAAGUAUUUAAAAUAUUUCUUUCUAAAUACUAUUUGUUUAGUUUUGAAUUAAGAUAUUUUUUUUCUUUUUACUGAUCACCUACUGUGUUUCAUAUCAUAUAUUAGUAUUAGAGUAGUGAAUCUGUGUUAUUUUUACCCUUUAAAUGUUCACUCUCAUACUACUCAUAGUUGCAGCCCCUUCAUCCCCUAGACCAACAACCCAAAUCUUCUUUUUUUAGUCACAUCCUAUGAUUAGUGUAACAACAUACCUACAAUUAUUCCUGUGAAAUGUUUUUACACUCUGAAUGUGCAUAUCAUGACUUGUGCAGUUUAACAAUCUUUGCAUAACAUCUGUGGCAUAAUCUUGCUUUGAUAGAAUUUGUGUAUUUUCAGGCAGGCACUGGUUCAGGAGAUGGUCUCACUGUCUAUGUCCUCAUUAGUAUGCUAGAAGCAUCAAAAGCUCUCGGUGAGGUGAGUCAGACAUAUUAGCUGUUAUUGUUUUAGGACUGCAAUGUUGCCUUGUGAAAAAAUAAAUGUGUAGUGGUGGUGUGUGUUUUUAGGAGCACUGGCAUAUGCCCCCAUUUAAACUUCAGGAGAAAUAAACAAUGAUGACCCCCCUUUUUUUUGUGGUGGUGUGUGUUUUUAGGAGCACUGGCAUAUGCCCCAUUUAAACUUCAGGAGAAAUAAACAAUGAUGACCCCCCCUUUUUUUUUUUUGGAAAUGGACGGUUACAGUAACUUUUUUAGCUUUGCAAUGUAUUUGUUUUUUUUAAUCUUUGAAUUUGAUUGUUGUGCAAGUGCCUUUAGGUAGUUUUCAUAAAGCCCUAUUGUAAAGCCAUUUACACAUUAAAAAAGCAUACCAACAUUUAACCAUAAUCGGCACCAUAAUCAGCACCAUAAUCAGCACCACUCAAAUGCUUUGAGCACACUCUUCAAUAGUUCUCAAAAAAAGAAAGAAAUAUAAUUUCUUCCCCUGCAUAUGUGCCUUUUUUGGCCUCAUCAACCACAGAGCAGUCAACUCAACAUGAAGCAGGAAGUGGCGGCUGCCACCCAAUACAUCAGUCAACACAUGAAUGCAGAGACAUUGAAACAGACGGGCAACAAAUUCCUGGCUGCCUUGGUGGCAUACAGCCUGUCAUUGGUCAGUGAUAAUCAAAAUAUUGGCCAGAUUGAUCAGCUGCUUAGCUUUGUCGCAGGUAAGGUUUAUUUUUUUUUUAAAACUAGCUUCAUAACAAGAUCUUGGGAAGUGGCCCCUUCACUACCACAGUUUGUGAAUUAAAGCGACAUAAGCUUUGUUUGUGAUUCGUCAUCACAGAACAUGUCGAAAUCUUGCUUAAAUUUUUGGGGGUCUUAGUUCUUGAUUGUCUGUGUAUUUUAUUACAUUUUAAAAAGAGCAUAGUAAAUUUUUUAUUACUAAUGACCUGGAUUAUUGAAGAUGGUUUGAAAAUUUGCUGCUCAAUUUCAGCAACUAAGGUUUACUUUAUGAAAGAAAAGUGCUCGGUAAACUGAAAGGAAAUCAUUUGUACGAGCCAUAAAAAAAGCUUUGUUAAAUGUGUUUAUUUGUUAAUAAAACAUGCAGAUUCCAGGCAACUUUUUCGCUAAAUUAUAUUUCGCUUAACUUUUAGAUUAAUGGGACAAACAAUUUAUGAUAUAGAUUUUAAACAAUGUAUGUUAAAAGAUUUCAUUAAUUGGAAGGAUUUUUAUUGAAAUAUAUAAAUGCAUUUCCUAUUGGACAGAUUUGACAUUGUCUCAGCACUAUUACUAGUAUUACAGCUCAAAGUCAAUGGUGUCUCAGCACUAUUACUAGUAUUACAGCUCAAAGUCAAUGUUGUCUCAGCACUAUUACUAGUAUUACAGCUCAAAGUCAAUGUUGUCUCAGCACUAUUACUAGUAUUACAGCUCAAAGUCAAUGUUGUCUCAGCACUAUUACUAGUAUUACAGCUCAAAGUCAAUGGUGUCUCAGCACUAUUACUAGUAUUACAGCUCAAAGUCAAUGUUGUCUUAGCACUAUUACUAGUAUUAGAGGUCAAAGUCAAUGUUGUCUUAGCACUAUUACUAGUAUUACAGCUCAAAGUCAAUGUUGUCUUAGCACUAUUACUAGUAUUAGAGGUCAAAGUCAAUGUUGUCUUAGCACUAUUACUAGUAUUAGAGGUCAAAGUCAAUGUUGUCUCAGCACUAUUACUAGUACUACAGCUCAAAGUCAAUGUUGUCUUAGCACUAUUACUAGUAUUAGAGGUCAAAGUCAAUGUUGUCUCAGCACUAUUACUAGUACUACAGCUCAAAGUCAAUGUUGUCUCAGCACUAUUACUAGUACUACAGCUCAAAGUCAAUGUUGUCUUAGCACUAUUACUAGUAUUAGACGUCAAAGUCAAUGUUGUCUCAGCACUAUUACUAGUACUACAGCUCAAAGUCAAUGUUGUCUCAGCACUAUUACUAGUACUACAGCUCAAAGUCAAUGUUGUCUUAGCACUAUUACUAGUAUUAGAGGUCAAAGUCAAUGUUGUCUUAGCACUAUUACUAGUACUACAGCUCAAAGUCAAUGUUGUCUCAGCACUAUUACUAGUAUUACAGCUCAAAGUCAAUGUUGUCUUAGCACUAUUACUAGUAUUAGAGGUCAAAGUCAAUGUUGUCUCAGCACUAUUACUAGUACUACAGCUCAAAGUCAAUGUUGUCUCAGCACUAUUACUAGUACUACAGCUCAAAGUCAAUGUUGUCUCAGCACUAUUACUAGUAUUACAGCUCAAAGUCAAUGUUGUCUUAGCACUAUUACUAGUAUUAGAGGUCAAAGUCAAUGUUGUCUCAGCACUAUUACUAGUACUACAGCUCAAAGUCAAUGUUGUCUCAGCACUAUUACUAGUAUUAGAGGUCAAAGUCAAUGUUGUCUCAGCACUAUUACUAGUACUACAGCUCAAAGUGAAUGUAACAAAUCAUUUUAUGAGUGUCAAAUAUUUUGUUCACAAUUUUUGCACAUAAACUAAUCAUAUCAUACUUUUCAUUCCCCUUUUUUAAAAAAUCUGAUGACUUAUUACCUAUAUAAAUGGGAAAGGCUUUCAGAAUUCUCAUGAGUGAGACUCUUGUUCAUUGAUCAUUGUUCUUUUGUAAGGCAAAUAUAAAAAAGCUUUGGCCAUAAUCAGAAUAAGAGAAUCUGGUUCCUUGCUUCUAACCAGGAGCUGAAAAAAAUCAGCAUUAAUUAAUAUCAUCGGCAUAAUUGUAGAUGCAAAUAGUAGAAAUAAAAAACUUCAUGCUUGCAACAUAGAUGUAUGGUUGUGUAUUCCUCAUUUUACAUUGUUUCUAAAUUUUUAAAAUAUCCAUCAUACCUUUAAAAAGAAAUAAAGUUUGAUGUGUGCAGGAAAGGGGCUAAAAAUAUAAAUAUUCUGGGUGUCUUGAAUCAUUCGUCAAAAGUAUCCAGUGAAUCUGAUCCUUCGCACACGAGUUUAGUGACAGGUAUUGUGUAGUUGUCACAUAUAGUAUAGAUUUCUGAUUGAAAAUGAGAAGAAUUUCUUUCUUUGUAUACAGAUUCUAAAGCUCCGUGGCUAGAGCAAACUGGUCAGCAGAAAUUAAAAAUGGCAGGUGACGUCAAUCAAGCAGACCAGAAUAUUGACUCAGGCUAUGGGGUUAAUCCACAUGCCUCUAAGGACUUAGAAAUUGGAGCCUACGUUCUUCUCACCUACACACACCUUGGACGUUUAGCUGAAGGCUUUGAGCUAAUGAAAUGGCUGCAGUCUCAGCAGAACAGCAAGGGUGGUUUUUACAGCACUCAGGUUAAGUAUUUGAUUCCAUUCUGAAAUAGGAAGAAAAACAAAUCUGGGUAGUUUUGAAUUUCUAAUCAUCAUAGGUAAGAAAGUUGUGAUGGAUAAGAAACCCUUGGUGCCAAUCUGUUAUGUUUGAGUUAGGCCCCAGAGUCCGGUUGUUAUAAUUUGUUAAUUCUCUCUAAACUCAAAAAUAAUUAAGUCUCUCAAACUUAAAAAACUAAAACAUUUAGUGUUGUUUAUAUUUAGCAAAUGUUCAGUUUUCAUGUUUCUUUUUGUGUUUCCAUUUAAAAUUGGCCAAAGUCAGAUCAAAUAUUGAAAUUAGUGGAUUUCACAGAUUCUCAGGUGACAGUUGGCUCUAUAACAGACCGUCAGGAUAAUUGAUGUAGAUUUUUUGCAUACAUAUAGGUACAUUCCGACCCCCCCUCUCCCCCCCCCCGCUCCCAUCAAAGCUGUCAUACAAAUCCUCAGCGAGUACGUAAUAUUUGGGUAAUAAGGGGAGAGAAGCCUUCGUCAGCGAACAAAACGAUAGAAAAAACAAAAUAGAAUUAAAGUUUUAAAAUAGCACUUAGCUUAGAAGUAUUAUCCGAGGGGGCAGCAAAUGAAUUGUGACGGAAAGUAAGUGGGUGAGAGAUUAAAUAGGGAAGAGGGAAACAAAUUUGUUAAAUUUCACCACUAACUUUAUUUUUACCAGUGACAGACUGUGAUAAUGUGAUCUGCACGUUCACCUAAAUAUUACUUGAAUACAAUCACACUGGACAACAAGGACGCAGAAAAAGCGUGGACCACGAUUCGUGAGACGGUCUAUAAUACAGCCGCUGAGCGCCUCGGACCCUCUACGAGGAAACUCAGGGACUGGUUUGACGAAAACAACACAGCGAUCCAAAUGCUAGUUGAGCAAAAACGCCGAGCGUACAAGGCCCUCCAUAAUGACCCAAUGUCAACAGCAAAGACAGCUGCACUUAGGGGCAUCCGCAGCAAGGUCCAGAUACAACUGUGCCAGAUGCAAGAUUCCUGGUUGAAUUCAAAAGCUGAUGAAAUACAGGGCUUUGCAGACAAGAAAGACAUGAAAAACUUCUACCGUGGCCUGAGAGAAAUCUAUGGUGUUGCCACCUCAGGCUCUUCCCCUCUCCUUUGUGCUGAUGGUUCUACGCUCAUUACAGACAAAGAGAAAAUCUUGGAAAGUUGGGCGGAACACUUUGAAAGUGUGCUCAAUACACCUUCCAUCAUUAACGAUGAGGCCAUUGAAAGACUCCCCCAGGUCCCAACGAACAAUUCACUGGACGCCGUUCCAACUUUUGAUGAGAAAAAGACACUGAUCCGCCAAAUGUCCAAUGGCAAAGUACCUGGCCCCGACAUGAUUCCUGCCGAAAUCUACAAGGAGGAUGGACCAGCGCCGACGGUUAAGCUAUUGCGCCUAUUCCAAAUCAUCUGGCAGACGGAAACUGUACCACAAGACCUCAAGGAUGCCUCAAUUAUCCACCUGUACAAACGCAAAGGAAACCGCCUGGCAUGCGACAAUCACCGCGGAAUUUCACUACUGUCCACUGCAGGCAAGAUCUUGGCCCGAGCCCUUCUGAACCGCCUGAAUGCACAUCUGGAGCUAGGUCUCCUACCCGAAAGUCAAUGCGGUUUCGGCAAAAAACGUGGAACCAUAGAUAUGGUGUUUGCUGCUAGGCAGCUUCAAUGAAAUGCCAGGAACAAAAUACAGACCUAUAUACUACAUUUAUCGACUUGAAUAAGGCCUUUGACAGGGUCAAUAGAGGUGGCCUGUGGAAAAUCAUGAAGAAAUACGGAUGCCCAGACAAGUUCACCAGCCUCAUCCGUCAGCUGCAUGAUGGUAUGAUGGCCUGAGUGCAGGACAACGGUCAAUCAUCUCAAGCAUUCCCCGUCACAAACGGUGUAAAGCUGGGUUGUGUUCUUGAUCCCACACUCUUCAGUAUUAUGUAUUCCGCAAUGCUGUCUGAUGCGUUUAAGGACCCCACCACGGGCUUGCCAAUCCGGUUUUGCACCGAUGGAUCAGUAUUUAACCUUAGGAGGCUUCAAGCUAAAACCAAGGUCAAACAUACCACGAUCGACAAGCUUCUGUAUGCAGACGAUUGUGCCCUCAACGCUCCCUCAGAAGCCGUCAUGCAACACAGCGUUGAUAUCUUCUCUGAGGCCUGCAAUAACUUUGGCCUCACAAUCAACACAAAGAAAACUGAAGUGAUGUAUCAGCCAGCUCCCAGUAAGCCCUACAUUGAACCCAACAUCAUCAUCAGUGGACAGCGUCUCAACUCGGUGGAUAAAUUUACUUACUUGGUCAGCACCCUAUCUAGAUCUGUCGUCAUGGAUGAUGAAAUGAAUGGCAGACUCGCAAAAGCUAUAGUGUCAUAUUUGGCAGGCUCCGCAGCACUGUUUGGGACAGGAGAGGUAUCAGAUGAGAAACAAAGCUCAAGGUCUAUAGCGCAGCAGUCCUCCCGACACUGCUCUAUGGAUGUGAAACGUGGACAGUCUACCAGCGUCACGCCAAGACACUGAAUCAUUUUCACACUACCUGCCUCAGGAAACUCCUCGACAUCAGGUGGCAAGACAAAGUCCCUGACACCGAGGUCCUCGCUAGAGCGAACCUACCAAGUAUCUUCACGACUCUGAUGCAGUCUCAGCUCCGUUGGAUGGGACACGUAGCCCGUAUGGAAGACCACCGGCUCCCGAAACAAUUAUUCUUCGGAGAACUCACGAUAGGCAAGCGCUCCCAAGGAGGUUAAAAAAGCGUUACAAAGACUCACUGAAAGUGGCACUAAAGGCCUUCAGCAUAAACCCUACUCAAUGGGUGCAGACAGCCCAGGACAGAGCCAGGUGGAGAGCUGCUGUCAAGAAGGGGGCUAAAUCCCAUGAAGCUAAUAGAAUAACCACAGCUGAGACACGCAGGCUUGUCCGAAAGAGCAACAUUAGGUCACCGUCUGAAGCAACUAUUCCAUGCCCACGGUGUCAUAGAUUAUUCCGAGCAAGGAUCGGUCUAGCAAGCCACCUACGAGCUCACCGUAAUCCCAACCUCCCCCUAACCGGAUGACUCGAUGGUCCUAGUCGAUUUCGGCGGACGAACAACAACACUUGAUAUCUAUAGCAGAUACACGUGUUCACGUCUGCCAAACAAAAUGACCGCAGUUUGCAGUUAACGUUAGUUAUCUCCUGUUUACCUUCAGUGCCAUUUUUUUUACGCCAACUUAGCUUGAUUCCCCCAAACACACAAUGCCAGUAGUUAUUGUACACAUUAGAUAGACUGUAGUUUUAUUUAUUUACUAUUAAGAUAAUGUAUUGUACGAUUUUAGGAGUUUUAGGGUAAACAGAUCUGCAGUAAGCUUCUUUAUUUGCAUAAGUGACAUGCCUAAAGACUUAGAACUUCUCGUAUGUAGUUUUUGAAAUGUUGCAUUUUGUAUUUCAAUGUGGUAAAAUAUUUUUUUUUUUUCAUUUCUCUUUUAAUAAGGAUGACUUUGUAUGCGCUUCGAGCCUUUAGGGAUGAAGCGUGAUUUUAAAUAAGCUUUAUUAUUAUUAUAAUUUUCACUGCGACUGAAUCACUUAUUUAGUUAGUGAUGGCUUAAGUUUAUUUACUCCAUAAUUUUCUACUUUAGGCCUAUACAACUGCUGGCUGUCAACCAGAGCUUUACUUUUGUAGUCAGAAAAUUAACCUGUUACAAUCUCCUGUGAAUUUUCUCAGACUGCUUUCUUAGACUACCACAGUAGUUAAACAAUCAGCCUUGCACAGUUUCCUGAGAAUCUUCUUAAACUGCUUUUUUAAAAUACCACAAUAGUAUUUAGUAUUUCUAGGCUAACGAUUAACCACUUACACAGUUUUGUGUGAAUUUUCUACAGCCGCUUUCAUAGAUUUAGAAUAAAAUUGUUGUCCAGCAAUGAAAUUCAUACAGUUGUAUGUUAAUUCUUUAACAGGACACCGUCAUGGUGUUGCAGGCACUGUCUGAGUUUGGAUCAAAGUUCAAUAAACUCAAGGGUCAGGAGGCAACUCUAAGUAUCACAGAACCAGCCCAAUUCCUAUUUAAUGUGUCAGGGUCAAGGUCACUUCUGCUGCAGACAGCAGUGGUAGGUUUUGAAUGUUUACUCGAUUUGUAUCUUUUUUUUAUUUUGCUCUAGCAGAUUGAAUGACCUUAUUUUACAAAUAAAUUUGAAAAGUUCUGUUACAAAAUAUCAAAAUUCAAUGAUGGGGUGUAUUUUAAUUUAAAUGCAGCCAUAAAAAUAAAACUUCGAUGGAGAAGAGUCAGGUAAUUUGAGUGUUUCUAUUGGCUGAAAGUCUUCAUCUUUUACUUCAUUUUAGUUAAUAACCUUACUAGUCAUUUGUUAAAAUCUAGGGAUAUAUUAAAAAAAAAAAUAAAUCUUGAAACCUUAACAUUAUUUCUGUUCAGGUCACCCAUUUAAAUUCAUCAUUAAAUCUCACAAACUUAAUUAUAUUAAGACAUUCAGAUUUUGAAUCUCAUGUACAGCUUCCUAGUGAAACUGAGAAGGUCCAAGUGACAAUGACUGGUGAACAUGACAGCAUCGUUGUAGUUAAAGUGAGUGCAAAAUAAGAAAUAUAAGUGUUUUUAGAUACAUCACAGAAAGGAUUUAUUAGAGUGUGAAGAAAAAAGAGGUUCACUGAUCUCAUGUAUACUUGUUAGUCUCAGAGAUGGCAUGAUGGCUGCUAUGCACUACUGUUAAAAGAGCCCAAUAUUCCCUUGUCACUAGGUUGUUUACACCUACCACACACUUGCUGGAGAUGAUGACACAGUCCCACAAGAGUCAGAAUUGUCCAUAGUCACCAAAUCUACAAAAGUCUCAGAAAAUAUGCACAAAGUUGAGGCCUGUGUAAAGAGGUAAUCUACAUUAUACCAGCCAAAGGCCCAGGAAAUGCAAACAAUUAAGUCAAUCUUGUCACUAAGGGAUUUCAUUGAUGGUUGAUUUCUACGCAAGAGAAAUACUUUAGAUAUCUUGUGUAUAAAUUGUUGUAAGAGUAAAAUGGUGUCGUUUUAAAAUAUAUAUUUAUUUUAUGUGCUGAAAAGGAAUAUUUACAAUGUAAUAAAAAAAAUCAUUUCCAUUUCUUUGGAUUAAUAAAAGAAUAUUUUUUUGUCUUCAAAUAAAUUAGCUUCUUUAUCAUCUUCAUUUUAAAUCUAGUCAUAAGAAAAGGUGAUAGACUUAAGUAAAACACAAACUUCCAGUGAAAUGAAGACAAAAUGUAUUAAGUAAGAAACAACAGGCUAGAAUAAAAACACCAAUAAUAAUAAUAAUUGUGACCACUAAACAAUUUGCAGUUGUUCCCACUCACUUAUAAAUGUUGAGCUUUUUUAAAACGAAACUUUUAAAACUGAUUCCUUCCAGCUUGGGCACCCUCACUUACAAUGGUAUGUUUGUGACGAGUAUUAUUCUGCCAUCGGGAGAGAAGCCCUACGAGGACUCAGCAACAAUUUUGUCCCACAAUCCUAGGGCUUCACGUGUGGAUACAGAUGAAAAGGCCAUACAUUUCUAUAUGGAUAGCGUAUGUAUUAUUUUUUUUAUAUUUGACAUGGCAUAAUGUUUGGAUUCACACAUAUGGUCUCAUUUUCUGAUUACUAAAGCACCCCACUACCCUUUAUGCCGCUACAAUUUUUUUUACUUACUUAUGUAAGUUUGCCAUGAUGGCAAACUCAUUUUCAUUAUUUUUUUAUGCAGUUACAAUAAGUUUUAUGAUUUUUCAGUUGUGCUACAAUUCUUAUAAUUUGUUAUGUGCAGAAAUCGCUAACUAUGAUUUGGGAUGUUAAUAAUUUUUUUUGCCAUUCUAGUAUCACUUUUAUGUGCGCUCAUUAAAAUGUAUAAGAACCUUCAACACCUCCUCAAAGACAGAAGAUGCGUUAAUCAGCAAUAGGCAUCUGCAACGGUUACUCAAUAAUUUUUAAACAUUCUUUUGGUAUUGCAACUCAUUAAAUCUUUUUAUGGUUUGGAUUAUUAAAAAAAGUUACUGAUAUUACUUUGCUUUUGCACUCUGUACUAAAAUUUCAAAAUUGGCACUGCAUGUUAGUCUCAUAUGCAUAAGCAGAUUGUUAUGUUCUGUUAUCAGUAUGGAGAAAUUAAUCUCUUAUUUAAGUAUAUAGCUCGUUCUAAAUCAGUACACAACAAAAGACAAUACCGUAUGUUAAAUACCAUAACAAAGAAUACGAUACUCAAACCAAGGCAAAUCACAAUUAAUAAAUUUAUUAGGUUUAUAAUAAAUUUCAAAAUCAGAAAUAAAUAAAUCUAUUGACUUACAGUAUAAUGAUUGGCUUGUACUGGUACAAUGUUGAAGAAGAUACAAUGUUCUUAAAAAGGUAAAAAUGAUGAAAAGGAAUCUACACACACAUCAAAAUGUUAGUAAACAAAUCUCUGUCUCUUAUAGAAAAUCUCUCUUAUCUGAUCUUGCCCUCGCUCAAUCUCUCUAGGUGUAUAUACAGCCUGUUUCAUAGAUACCUCUUGAACGGACUUACACAUUCUAUUCCUUUCUUGAUAUUUCUACAGAAUUAUACUGAAUUCUAAUAAUAAUACAGACCAUAGAUGUUAGAUAGUUGUAACCAAGGUCAAGAGAGAAUAUAUUUAGUUAGCCACACCCUAAUAGUGCUGCCCAACUUGGGGUCAGCUUAAGUUUAUUCACCAGAAAGAUGAAUGAAAGUAAACGAGACGCCAAUAACAAGAUUUACGAGAGUUGAUUCUUUUGUAAGAAGAUAGUUGCCCCAUUGGUCUAUAUUUUUACCGGCAUCAUCGAGACAGGCUGUACAAUUUUUAAAAUUGACCACAUUGAUUUCCACCUAAAUUUCACUAUGAUGUAUGAUGGAGCCUUUAUCAUUGAAAUACUGCAAUGGGCUUUAUUAAACAAUUUAUAAAAUUGUUUUAAAAAACCUUAUUUUAAGGCAGAUAUCAUUUUCCCAUUCAUGAAUGAAGACUUUUUAUUAAUGUCACAUAGUUUCCUCUUGCAUUUACCUACUGAUAUAAACAGGCGCCUGGUGAUGGCUACUGCCUUCAUGCUCACCUUGAGCGACAACUGGACUUUGAAGUUCAGAAGCCAGGCUCUGCCAGAGUUUAUGCUUACUACAGCCCAGGUAAUGACAGCCUACUAAAUGAACUAAAACAUUGACUUGAUAUAAAUGUUAUACUUUAUAAUUUGAUGUAUUUUAUGUUUAUAAGAAUACUUGAGUUCAGAUGUUGCCAGAUUUAUUACUGAUGAAUUUAUUCAAUACAGAGAAUGCGAAAGAAGUGGCCUUGGUCCUAGAAGGCAAGUCAACGAUGUGCAGCAGUGACCACUGUGAAACCGAUGGUGCCAUCAUGAUCAACGUGGCCAGUCUGUUCCUAACUACAACCAUCUGCACCCUUGUUGCCCUGUUGAUGUGUAUUUGAACAGGAAAGAAGGAACUCAGCUGAGCUUUUAGGUAGCUGCUAGGACUCCACAGUCAGAUCUUCUUUUAAUGAAAUAUGCAACAGUUUGUUGUUUCUUACUAUGUGCAUUACAUUUGUGACAGAUUGAAACUUCUCUGAUCAAGAUCACUUGGCAUUUUAUGCUUCAGAACAGUUCAUAUACAUAUAUUUUUAGAGCAAUACGGGGACAACUGCAAUAAGAAAUAUUCAAAGGGUAGAGGAAAACACGAAGACAGACAAUGACAGAAAGUAAAUGCUUCUAUCAAAAAGCAUUGGACAGGAAACACAGUUGAAGACAGAGACAAACACUCUUACUUUUUUUGCUGUCCAUGGCUUUUUUGGUUGAAACUUUUACUUUCUGCUACUGUCCUUCAGAUUUGACUCUACCCUUUGUGUAUUUCUCAUUUUUAGAGCAGAACUCUAACAAAAUGACACAACCUUUUAGGUGAUCAUAUAUUAGACAUACAGACAACUCAUGAUGCUAUUGAUCAAUGGAGACGCCAAAAUAUAAAAGCUGUCAAUGACCUUGUCUCAACACAUGAUGACCGAAAGGAUCUGCAUCAAGUAAUGGAUAUUUUAUAUUUGAAAAGUUAGACUAGCAGUAGCCUUACUCAUAAAAUAGUUGUUCUGCAAGUUAGGAGUUACAUGCUUAUUAUAACAGACAUUUUAAAGAAUAAAUAUAUGAAUAUAUAACUAAGCAGUGGAUUCAGUUUACUCAGUCCAGCAGUUAAUAUGGUGGCAGCUCAUCAAAAACAAAAAAUAAUAUAAUCAGAAGUUGCCAGCCUAGACUUGCACCCAGGACAGUAAAUUAGUGGGAGAAAGUUGGUGAAGAUUAGCAGCAAGACCAUAUUCUGCAGUCUAGGGAUUCUCUGGCCAGGAGAUAAUGUCAUACAGGUAAUGGGGAGAUUAAGUGUUACAGUUACAGGUAAUGGGGGAAAAAAGUUUUCAUCUUGGAAUACACAUAAGAACGAAAAUUUUACAAUAGAAAACUCUAACUUUCAGAAUGCUAUUGUGGCUAUUUUUAGCCAAUGUUAGUUAUUUUGUGUCCAUUUUAUUUUAAAUUUGUUUCAUAUUUCAUAAACUAUUUAUUUAUUCUCUCCCUUUGUCACACUUUAAAAGGAGUCUCUUAUAAUUGUUUGAGUCACUAAAUGGGGUCUAAAUUCUGAACCCACUAAAGAGAAUUCAUUGGAUGAGAAAACAAAUGAGCCAGUGGAUAAUUUUGUCUCUACAUGUUGUGGUGCCCGGUAACUUUAAUUGUUGGGUAACUGUUGUUUGACCUGUCUUUCAAGCACUUAUUUUAAGGCAUUUUUGUUUUCUUUUUUUAUACCCCCCAAGUAUAUCAUAUUCCCAUUGCAACAGCUUACAGACAAGUUGUUUACAGUGCUGCGGUGCUGGUACUCUCGACUCUACAGCUCUGGUUCUGUGAUCAAGUCAUUUUGUUAAUGAUGUGUAUUCAAGGUAUUGUUGUAUUCAGGUCUUUCAAAGUACUUAAAUGUAUUUUGAGGGGGUCUGCUAGAUAACAUAAUGAUUUCUGUUUAUGAACAGCUAACCGUUUCUUCCAUCUCAAAGUUUUAUUGACAACAUUCAAGAUUUAUUUUAAAAUGGGAAACUUCUUAUGCACAACACACUCAAUUGAUCUCAUAUGGGAGAGAGGGCCAAUAAUCGUCUUAAAACAUUAAAUGAAUCCUAGCUUCUAAAAAUCACAGAUGUGAAAGAUGGAAUCCCAUCUUGUAAUUCCUAAUGAUGGUUAAUUAUUACCUAAUAUUAAACCUGUGUUUUGUUAACAAAGUGUUUUUAAAAUAAAAAGUUUCUUAGUGUAUUUUUAAUUUAUAUUAAAUAUGUGUGCAGCACCCUUUUUAAUCUAUAUCCCUGUAGAGCAAUAAGUCUGCUUAUGAUAAAGUUGUUUUAAUAUAGCAAUAUACAUUUCAUAAACAGUGUAAAUACAUUAAUACUUUUUUUAACCUUAACUGCUUUUUUUGUUUAUAUUAAAAAUGUCAUUUAAUGAUUGCACAACAAGAAGGGAAGAUUUGGAACAUUGACCCCAACUGUUUAUAGUGUGUUCCAUUCAUAAUGUUGAGGAAAUGAAAAAUAUCUAAAAGUAACAAUUUUUUCAACCUUUUCUUGUUGUGUCUAUUUUGUGUGUGUCCAUAUUGGUACAUGAUCAUGGGCGCCC